CCCUGUUGCAACAGCUAUAAUAAAGAGCAGGCUUACUAGCCGCUUUGCUUCUCAAUAUUCUCUGGUUGGCCUCUGUUAUUUUCUCCUACCAAUAGGGAACCCACGUAAGCUCUAUACGUGCUCUUGGAUACCCCAUAAGGGAAAAGGGGCAGAUUUUGUUUACAACAUAGCUUAUGCGUAAAUCCGGCACUGCGGCUAUGCGACCCUAUUUGGGGGGGGGGCAUGGAAACCAGUGGGACGAACUUCUAACUGGAUAGACAUGCGGUUGGGGUGCAUCCCCCGUGCCCCGGGCAAGGUCGCCGGUCGCUCCCAGCCGCUGCCGGGGCUUCCCUUCGCCGCCUCUCUCCGCAUCCCAAAAUGGCAGCGAAGGCGGGGCCUCGUCUCGACGCGCCGCCCGGGAAACCUCCCCAUCCUGGCGGCGGCGGAAGCAAGAGGCAUGUGCGUCAAAGCGCUGCUGGGCUGAGCGGAGGCGCCGCUGCCGCCCUCUAAGGAUGGCAGAAGCAGCCCACGCAGCACAGGUCAGUGGGCAUCGCCAGCAGCCUCCGCGUCUCCUCCUUCUCCUGGGUGGGCAGCCUCCGUCUUCCUAGCACGGAGGAGGAAGGUUGUGGCGGCCUAGGGACUCACGGCCCGCCCGCUUCUUCGGGCACCCGGGCUUUCAAGUGCCUCUGAGCAUGCCUAGAGAGCGUUUCCUUCGCGGAAAACUCUUUGCAUCCCGUCCCCGCACGCUUGGGACUAUGGAGCAUGCGUCCUAGCGGGCCGUGGACUCCUUUUAAAGACACGAGCCCUAACAUGGCGUUUUUAUUUGCAAUGGGGCUGUCUGUGCAUUCAGGCGGGUUUCUCUCUCUCUGGGGAAAUGCCCCACAGCUGCAGGCUAGAAUUGGUUGAAGGGGGCUUUGCCACGCAUCGGAUUCUCUUGUUUCUAGGGGCCCCUAAUGGCGAGUUGGGGCCUGUGGGCUGCCCGUUGUAUCUGCGAGGCUAGUAGAAGAGGCAAUGGUACUGUACCUGCAUAGACAAAAGAAAUCGGCGAAUGACUUGCGAACAGAGGAAAGGCAAAACCGGUUUCUGGCAUGUGUGCAGCGGCACAUGUUCAGCCCUGGAUUUUUGCCUAUUUGUUUGAUUGUUUUAAAAAAAUCUCCAUUGUUGUAGUAGGAGAAGCAAGACAGGAGCCAGGAAGGAACAGCACAAGUCUCUCCCCCCAUUCUCUAAAGAAAUGUGAUGAAUUGCAUUUGAGGCCUCUGCUGGAAAAGUAAACUAGACGUUUAAAUACAAACUUUUAUUCAGACAAACACAGAAGUGUCCUCCCAGAGCUAUGGGUUAAACUGAUUGCAUCGGUUCCUUGUGUGUGAUUGCAGCAGAUUGUAGGAAGAUCCAGCAGUCUGAGUGGACUUGAAGUUUAAGUCUGAUAAUUAAGGUACUGGGUUUGCAGUAUACAGAAAAAAGGAAGGAAGUACCAUGCAAUAAGAAUACCUGUGUUGAAGUCCAGAUAGAUAGAUGAUAGAUAUUGCAGAACACAUUAUAUUUUGCUUUAUAGAUUUUUUACUUUCUUUGGUGAAUGUCAAGGACAAGUAGCCAAAUAACUUGCAUAUCAUACACAAGUGUUUGAUGGUUUAGCUGUAAUCUUCCUCAUGAUAUUCUUUGCUCAUUAAAUUUAACAGCCUUAUUCCAAAUUUGAUACAAAUGGAAAGACAUAGGCACAUAACUCGUGUAGAAAAACAAAAGGUUAGAAUUUCAAUGCCCAAACACUCAUUAGAAGCAGCAUGUGGUCUUCUAUGAACUCUCUGCACUACUGUAGAAGUUUAAGUGUGUUUUCCUUUUUUAAAAUGUAGUUUAAAGACUUAAGCCCUGGAUUUCUUCUGCCCAGAGCUGAUGUGCCUUUUCGUAUGGCAUGAUAUCAGAAAUGAAUGACGCUGGUCCCAUCCAUAGACGAUGACAUCACAGCAGCGGUGGUGGUGGCACUGGGGUUGGGGUGGGGAGAUAAAAAAAGCAUGAAGAAAAUUGCAGGAAGGUAUAACACAGCAGGGCAGUGUAAAUGAUAAUAAUAAUGCUAAUAUUAGUAGUAAAUUUUAUUAUUUAUACACCACCCUUCUGGCUGGGUUUCCCCAGCCACUCUGGGCAAUUUACAGCAUAGCUAAAAACAAAACUAAAACAUCAAGUGUUAGAAACCUCCCAACACAGGGCUGCCUUCAGAUGUCUUCUAAAAGUUGUGUAAUAUACAGGAUGCACAAUCAAAAGAUGGCUAAUUUGUUUCACACAACUCAAGCAGCAUUUUAAGUUCUAGUCUAGUCAGAACUUGAGUCUUACCCUUUGGACUUCAUCCAGCCUACACGCACAGAAUAUAGUUUGAACACAUAUAAGGUGGGUGGAAUUUGUAAUAGGAGUAUUAAUGGUGAUUUCUCACACAAUUUUUUGUACUCUGUUUUUAAUACUUGAGAGCAAAGUAUAUGUCUCUCGCUGAUGUGCAACAGAUGCAUAAUUUGCCCCUUACCUAUUUAAAAUUGGCAGAAGUGAAGGCUUAAUGUUUAUUUUAAAAGUGUAAGCGGCAAAUAAGGCAUAGAUGCACAACCAAUGAAGUGUGCCUGCAUUUUAUUCUUAUUUAUUUAUAUGUUACUACAUUAAUAAUAAUAAUAAUAAUAAUUUAUUUAUACCCUGCCCAUUUGGCUGGGUUUCCCCAGCCACUCUGGGCACCUUCCAACAGAAUAUUAUUAUUAUUAUUAAUAAUAAUAAUAAUAAUAAUAAGCGAUAAAACAUCAAACAUUAAAACUUCCCUCAAUAGGGCUGCCUUCAGAUGUCUUCUAAAGUUGUUUAUUUCCUUGACAUCUGAUGGGAUGUCAAGUUGUUUAUAUCCUUGACAUCUGAUGGGAGAGCAUUUCACAGGGCAGGUGCCACUGCCAAGAAGGCCCUCUGCCUGGUUUCCUGUAGCCUCACUUCUUGCAGUGAGGGAACUGCCAGAAGGCCCUUGGAGCUGGACCUCAGGCUGAACAAUGGGGGUGGAGAUGCUCCUUCAGAUAUAUGGUGUAUAUGUGUAUUUAUGUAAAAUAUUUAUUUUUACAUUUAUAUCCCACCUUUCAUCCAAGGAGCUCAGAGUUCCCUCCCCAUUUUAUUCUCACAUCAACCUUGUGAGGUAGGUUAGGCCAAAAGACAGUGAGUAGUCAACCCAAUGAACUUCAUGACUAAGAGGGGAUCUGAACUCUGCUCUCUAAAGUCCUAGAACAAGAGCUGCUCAUCUGGUGGGACAGAGCUGUAAUAAUAGCCUCCCAGCAGAGACAUGAUUGCUGCUUACAGGGAGGGAUGAGGCAGUGGGGAUGUCAGGGCUGUGCAAGUACACUGGGGGAACCAAUCUUGCAUUCCCGCUGCUGCACCCACACAGCUUGACCCCCUCCGUUGCCCUGCCCCUCUUUCUGUUAAGCAGCAGUGAUACACCUGCCAGGAUGACAUUGCUGCAACUCUCUCACACCAGGCAAGCCACUCCUGCCCUAUCCCAAAAACUAUCCACUACACCAAAGGUGUUCCCUUGGAUAUCUGUUUCAGAAUAUCUGCUUUCAGUAAUGUUUCAAUCAGGUCUAGAUCUGAUUCUGAAAAGAGAUAAAAUAAAAUUACUCUCUUCCUUGGCAUGCUUCCUGUAAAAGCAUUUCAUAACAUUUAUCUUGGACCAAGGGCCUUACAUGGUUUCGCCUUCAGAUUGUGAAAGUUGAGUUGCUAGGAGGUCUGUUCUGGUAUCACUCUGGGCCACUAGUAUCGAUUGCUCUGACAUGAGGGGUGUCUGUUAAUGUUUGUUGGGUGUUGCUGACUUAAAGUUGUGCCUUGAAAGUUUUAAGUUGUGCUUUAAAACAAAAGACCUCAUUGGACUGCUUAGCAGUAGAGCAGUGGGAAAUUUAGAAGUGCAGGGUGCCUUCAUGAUACAACCACGCCCCUUCUAAGAUUAUGCAACAAUUUUAUAAAUUAUACAAUACUAAUAAUUAGGGAUGCAUUGCAACAAUCAAUGCAGGUCUCCACAGGUUGCCUUUCAGCUACUAUUUUCUGUGCACGCACAUGGGCAAAUGAUUUGGAGUGAUCCGGUAUCUUCUUUUGGAGUGACUUAAAUUGUGUUUUCCAUGAAGUUCCCUUGUAUGUAACAGAACCUGCACACCUGCUUCUUGAAAAAGAAGCACCUUGUGUUUUUGGUGUUCCUAAAUGCUUAGCAAUACAGUGGCUGUAGGACACUGGAAGGGACGUGGGUGGCACUGGUCUAAACCACUGAGCCCCUUGGGCUUGCUGAUCAGAAGGUUGGCGGUUUGAAUCCCCAUGGCGGGGUGAGCUCCUGUUGCUCAGUCCCAGCUCCAAAGUGCAAGUAGAUAAAUAGGUACCGCUCCGGCGGGAAAGUAAACAGCAUUUCCAUGUGCCGCUCUGGUUUUGGUGUUCCAUUGCGCCAGAAGUAGCUUAGUCAUGCUGGCCACAUGACCUGGAAAAACUCUGCAGACAAACGCCGGCUCCCUUGGCCUGUAAAGCGAGAUGAGCGCCGCAACCACAGAGUCAUCUGCGACUGGACUUAACUGUCAGGGGUCCUUUACCUUUACCUUUUUUAGGACACUGGAGACAAGGACCUUGCAGGGACCUUGCUGCAGAAAUAGUAAUGAAUGGGUCUUCAACCCUCUGUGAUCUCAGACCACUAGGCCACUGCUGCCUAGGUAAGAGUAAGUAUACAAAUAUGUCAUAUUUUGUUCUGAAAGGAGGACAAAGACAGAAGGAAACUUUGAUCACAAGUAUGUUUCCCUGUGAGCGGUUGCAGUUUGCUCUGUGGCGGUCUUUUGAAGUCAUUUUCUCUAGGAUAUCAAACACUUGGGCCCUGAAGCCCCAUAGCGCUACUGUGCAUACAAAAAGUUGACCAUUUUGUUGGGAUUCGCUUACUAUUUCCUCUGAAGCUCCCAUAAACUGGGGGAAAAGUGCUGUGAAGAACAGAAGAAAGGAAGGAGCACUUUAGAAACAGCCGUUUGUGCAGAAGUCACAUCAAAGGCAGGUGGAUUGCAGAGUGUGUGUGUGUAUUCUGUCUCCUUCCUAAAAUAGCACCCACAGCAGCAAUAACACUGUGUUUCCUCCCCCUUUUGGCAUGAGAAUGUGUUUGCAGAGAAUUGUGCAACAACUAUUCUGCACAAAUUUCCGGUUUCAAAUGAGUGUCAGAGCAGGGCACCUUAAUUGGGGUGGGAGAGGGGGAGGCCACUGACAUGUCUGGGCUGUCCAUUAAUAGUCCUGUUCUUUGUGGCCCUUCGGGGUAUUUGAAAAGUGUGUGAAAGUAGAGGGUAAUAAGAAUUCGUCAAAAGCUUGUUUUCCCAGGUAAAGUUCCUUUCCUCCCUUUCUCUGCACCUGAUUCAGGUUAACCCUUAAGCUCUGUAAAGGAAGGCUGUAACUACAAAAGGAGAAAGAUGUUGUCAAGGCCCAAGCCUGGGGAGUCGGAGGCAGAUUUGCUGAAGUUCCAGAAUCAGUUCCUGGCAGCGAAAGCUUCUCCGGCGGUGAAGGUUGUAAAGAAAGCAGAUAAGAGAAGAGGGGAUCUGGGGAGUGGAGAGGAUGAGAGACCCCCAUUGCAGCUUGACAGGGAUGUGGUGAUGCUGGAUGGUAAGUUUAACUUUUUUCAUUUCAAAUUAUCUUGUUUUGUAUUGAUGGUUUAGUACAGCCUUCCCCAGCCUAGUGCUGUUUGAAUAUUUUGAACUGCAACUCCCAUCAGUCCCAUCUGGAGGACGGCAGAUUGGGGAAAGCUGGUUUAGUAGUCAACAAAAACCAAAAUCACUUAUUCAUUGCCUGUAAGUUGCUAGGUAUAUUUGAACAGCUUUCUUACUGUAACCUUGCCUGCACGUGCUACUGUUCCCAGCCAUCCCUCUUUCUGUUUGCAAAGCAGCCAUUUUUGGUGCCAGAUUGUUGUCAAGACUAGACGGCAACCCAGUUGGAAUUAAGGGCAUCUUUUAAUUAUUAUUAUUAUUAUUAUUAUUAUUAUUAUUUUAUAUACAGUGGUACCUCUGAUUACAUACUUAAUUCGUUCCAGAGGUCUGUUCUUAACCUGAAACUGUUCUUAACCUGAAGCACCACUUUAGCUAAUGGGGCCUCCUGCUGCCACCGCACCGCCAAAGCACAAUUUCUGUUCUCAUCCUGAAGCAAAGUUCUUAACCCGAGGUACUAUUUCUGUGUUAGCGGAGUCUGUAACCUGAAGCGUAUGUAACCUGAAGCUUAUUUACCCCGAGGUACCACUGUAUAUGCCUCCCAUCUGACUGGGUUGCUCCAGCAAAAUACUAAAACACCAUAAAACACCUGGAGAUUACUAAUGCUUUGCAUAUUCUCUCUCUCUCUCAGACUUUCCUGAUGUGCCCCCUCCACUGACACCAGCACCUCCCAAAAAAUCCAAAUUCAAAAGUGCCCGUGUUCAUUUUGAUGAGGAUCCAGGAGAGCAGUUGGAUCGCAGUGAUCAACACAUCACAGCUGUCUUCAGCAAAAUAAUUGUGCGUCCUGUUUAUAAGAACUACAAUAAUAGUGAUUAAACCUCUGAUUGACCUGUGGUAAUUAUUGAUAAAUACUCAAGCUGGGGCAGUAUGCAUUUAAAAUUAAAUUGAUAUAAUCCUUUAGAGUAACCCAGAUAUUGCACACACACAUUCCAAAGCAGAAAUUAUGUAAUUUGUAAUUAUACACGUUUUUACUUAUUGUUGUUUAAUUUAUUCUUCUUUUGCUGGGAAAUGAAGCCUUCUGGGGCUCAAAGGCACCUUCUGACUACUGAAUUUAUAGGAAGCUGCUUUGUAUGGAGUGAGUGCCACCUUACUGACAGGUGCUCUCUGAGGUUCCUGCAUUGCAGGUGGUUGGACUUGAUGACCCUUGGAUCCUUUCCAGCUCUGUGAUUCUAUGAGGUCAAUGGUCCUUCUUAGCCCUGCUGCCGGAGCUCUUUAGUGUAGUAGCUACACUAGAGCUUGGCUUCAUAUACCCAAGAGCAAAACACAUGGAUUGGCUAUCAAAACUGUGUAUACAUAUAUUUUACCAACAUGCAUUUUACCAUGUCCUUGUUUCGAGGUACAUAUAUCUGUUUAAGAUUCCCUUGGUAUUUGACAUGAGACACAUUUAUUUUAUAUUUGGGGAUGUGUGCCCCAGUAGAAAAGGUCAAGCAGAACUUAGCCCAUGUUGCGAACAAGUUGUUAGGUGUGAAAUUUGUGUAUGAGGUCCUGAAAUGACUGGUAACAGGCAAGGUGGUAGUAAGGCGCUUACCUGACCUUCUGGCAGAUUACUCAGAGUAAUCUGAAUAAACACAAACCCCUGUGUUGCAAAAUGUAACAAUCUACAAAAAUGCAAACGCAGCACGCUGGACGUUAGUGGAUCAGUGCCCACUAGCAUGAUCCCUACUAGUAUGAAUAUUUCAUUGAUAAUUAUUCACUGGUGAAGACUUUAUUCUGAAACAGUUAUACUGUCCUUUAGACACUUUUGUGAGACAUCUUCCUUUGAGAGACAGCUUGGCGUUCCUCGCUACUCAUUGAUUUGUUUGAUUCUUUGUUUGACUCUGAUACGUAUAACAACUUGUAGUUACUUGAAUGUUUUGUGAGAUGUGUUGUAUGAUAUAUACAUCAUUUUGAGGUGGCUUAUUCGUAUAUUUUGAAUGACAUCAUAUAUUCACUAACAGUUAUUAGCCCUGUGGGUUAAACCACAGAGCCUAGGACUUGCCGAUCAGAAAGUCGGCGGCUUGAAUCCCUGUGAUGGGGUGAGCUCCCGUUGCUCAGUCCCUGCUCCUGCCAACCUAGCAGUUCGAAAGCACAUCAAAGUGCAAGUAGAUAAAUAGGUACCGCUCCGGCAGUAAGGUAAACGGCAUUUCCAUGCACUGCUUUGGUUCACCAGAAGCGGCUUAGUCAUGCUGGCCACAUGACCCGGAAGCUUUCUGCGGGCAAAUGCCGGCUCCCUCGGCCAAUAAAGCGAGAUGAGCGCCACAACCCCAGAGUCUUCCAUGACUGGACCUAAUGGUCAGAGGUCCCUUUACCUUUACCUCAGCUUUCUAGGAGAGAGCAGGGCGAGGGUGCCCAGAUUGACUUACCCUGUGCGUAUGCACCGCACUGACCUCCCCUACCCCCAGUAAACAGCCAUGACUAACCUGCUGGGAAGCCAAGUAAGUAUCUCGGCUCCACCCUGCCAUCAGCAGCCUCUGGAUGUGACAGAGGCUGUCAGUCAUUCUGUUAGAAAGGCGGCAGUUCUCUGCCCCCUUAACUGGAAGCAAGUCUCAUUGACCUCAGUUACGAAUAAUGAAGUUACAAAUAUUUAGUAGCCUGUUUGGAUAUAGGCAUGUGCAGAUAUGCUUCAGUUGUGAAAUUACACCUUGUGAAGGACACAGCUGCAUCAUUGUAUUUGUUGCUAGAAAUCCAUGGGUUAACUGACGAUUCAACACCGGUUUUGUUAAUGCCAAGAUAAUAUUUUUAUUGUCUAGUAAGAAUUUGUUUCUGGUCUCUUGGCCUUUUUACAAUUUAUGCUACAUUGUCUUCAAAAAUAUAUAAUGAAAGUUUUUUUUAAAAAAACAUGGAAGUGUUGAUGGUUGGCAAGUGUAUUUCAGUGACGCAUCUCUCAAGUGACACAAUUUUAUGCUUUUUCUGGAGAAAGGAUGGAACUGUCCUUGUCCAAUUCUGAUGAACCUAGCGCCUCUUUCAUUCUUAGAAGUAGGCCACUCUUAGACAAGUACAAAAUGAAAUUUGAAGUGAGGAGUUUUUGCAACAGCUACUGUCUCAUAGCUGAGGAAAGACCUGAGCAGGAGUCUAAGGCCAAACGCCUUCUGCUGAGCCAUUGUAAAGCACUGUAAUACUUUAAUGAAUGAAACCAGUAUUCAUUUGGCAUUGUGUCUUUGUGGCAGGAACGUGACACAAGCACUGCUAACGUGACCAUGCCUGUCUUCACUGGAGAUGCGUUUCCCAGAGUCUUUCACAGGUCCGAAAUAAAAACAGAGGUAAGAAAAGCAGCUUCACAUUUAUCAGCCCCCUCUCCUCCUGUUUCUGCUUUGUUUAGCUUACCUUCACCUCACAGAGUGUUUGUUGUGGGGGAGGAAGGGAAAGGAGAGUGUUAGUCACUUUGAGACUCCUUCGGGUAGUGAUAAAGUGGGGUAUCAAAUCCAAACUCUUCUUCUUUUAGUUCUGUGUAUUAUGCUUCAUCAUAAUGCAAUCUGCUGCUGAUGGACUUUGUUGUGCAGCCAAAAAUGCUUUAAAUAAAUAGAGGAAGUGUUGGAGCUUCUAGGGCGUUACAUAGGAGACUCGGCAAACUGGAUGCAGUGAGUUACGUUAAAAGCACACGUGUUAGAUUUUCAGUUGUGUGUGAUGAGUCUGCUAGAUGGAUGGGACAUUGUUGGGCUUUGGUUGGAUUUUGGGAGGCAGUGUCUGGCUCAUGACAACCAUGGGACUUCCUCGAGGGGUCACCAGCUUGACCCCAAGUGUGGGACAUGCCCUUGAUUUGGUUUGUGCCCUUGGUGGCAAGGUCUGGAAAUAGAGCAGGUUUUUGUGACUCCGGUUGUCAUUGUCACGCCACUUCCUGGUGAAGUUUAGGCUAACGGUACCGAACAUGUUAUUUCAUAUUUCCAAAGUUGAUGAAGGAAGCCAUUCUAAACUUUUGGAUACCUGCUAGCACUGAGUGGUGGAUUCACAUUAGUGAAGUGUAAGAUAAAGCAAUACAUUAUCUAUCACAUUCCUUCAGUGCCCUUUACAAAGCACUUUCCUUACUUCUGUGCAGUUACGUGUGUUUCCAGUGGUUCUCUGCCCAGUUUUUACUACCAUUGUCAUUUAUGAAAACUUAGCAGAGCCCUGAAAUUACCUGGGUUUCUUCCUAGUUCAGGGGAGUCUGAACUGCAUUUUUGGCAUGCUACAAAACGUUUUCUUUUUCUGGGGUUUCUGAGGUGUGGCCUUGUCUUUGCCUGCGCCUCUGGCCUAUUCACUUACAUUUGUACUAUGGGAGCUGCAGUCAGAAUUGGCAGACACUCCCACCAGACUACUGAUUGGAGCUCUAGGAGGCAACAGCUCAGAAAACAACGGAGAGAAGGGGAGAGCAUGCAAGAGUUUUGUCUCCUGGGAGACAGCAUGGACUUGAAGGGCUGGGGCAUCUGAAAAGCUUGUUACAGGGAAUGCUGUUUUGUUUUUUAAAUAAAAAAGCCAGUCUUUCAAGCACAUUGCAUAGUUUUCUAUUGUGGUGUGCAAUGUUGGUUUUUGCCAUUUUGAAUAUAGAAGGUGCUACUAUUUGUCUCCUUUUUUUAAUAUGCUGAUGGGAGACAUGGGCCGGGAUCCAGAGAGUCUCUUCAUGCACAGACAGGCUUUUGCAUGCUGAUCCAGCUGUUUUGGCUCUUGUUGGAGGGAAGCAAACCUGCAUCCACAGAAACUCUGCUACCAGUUUCCACACAGUUCAUGGUGUGCAUAUCGGCUGUGUAAUCUUGGCUGUAGCAAUAUAUCAUUUUUCUUUCCAUCGCAGCUUCUUGGCUUAGUAUCAUCAAGGUGGAUAUGCUUCAUGCUGCUUUUUUCUUAACAAUAGUAAGUCUCUGAUAGAGCCUGAGUGUAGACACUAUGCAAAUUUUAAAAUCCAUUAGUUAGGCAUCAUUCAUCAAAUUUAUUACUGUGAAAUUGUUGCCCUCUUACGGUCCCAAAAUCUUCAGAGAUGGCUUUUCCAAGACAGUGAAGUCUGUUUAUCCUCAGAAAUGCAAAGUGUUCAGAUAAGCAGACGCUUGGAUUAAUCAUAGAGGCAGAGUGGAACAAGCUAGCCAGAAUUUACCUACAACCAGAUGCUUUCUUGCUUGCUGCAUUUUGUCAAGAAAUGUAUUUAUUUUCCUCUUCCUGGUGUUUAAACACUUAACAGCGAAGUAAUAUAUUACAUCGUAUCUCGGAAAGAGUGAGGAGGGGCUGUGACUCUGUCUCUCUCCACCCCACCCCCUUAAAAUUCUCUAAUCUACAGCUUGCAGUUGAGGACACAAUAUAGAAAUCCAUGUUGAAGGCAGCAGAAAAUCUGGAUAACACAUAUUGACCCAAUUGGAGCGGGUGGCAGGAAUGUUGAUGAAUUGGUUUUUUUUGUUAUAUGAGAAAGGCAUAGGAGUGUUUACUUGCUGUUUUGUCUUGCAGGCAAAAUCAGCAGCUGGAAAGAAAAGUAUCUUUGCUCAGAAGAUAGCUGCUAAGAGGGCAGCCGAAGUGGCUCAAAUAUCUUCUCUUUCUCUUGAGGAAGCUGAGCAGACAAAUGUAGGACCAGCAGCUCCAGAUGCUGCCCUACCUUCUGAAGCCAUGGAGACCCAAUUCCGCAGGGGUGAGGAAGGUAAAUGUUCAUACCUGUGGAGCAAGUAUUAUCAGUUCCCGAUGGCAUGUGGAAGCCUUGAAGAUGCUUAUUGAAUAUUAGCAUAGAGAAGCAAAUAUCUCCUUAAAAGGUUGUGCUGGUGAGCCCUAGCAUUGUGGUGGUGAUCCUGCGCACAGUUACAUUGGAGUAAGCACCAUUGAACUCAGUGGGACUUAAUGUCUGAGACUACAUGCACCAGAUUGUAAAUCAACUCAGUGGAGUAUGUUGUCAGUUUAAGUUUGCUUAUGAAUACCGCUCACAGUGCCCUUUGUUUCUAGAUAUGCCUGCUGGUAGUGUACACAGUCAGCGUUUAAGUAUUGUCACUGGGAAAGGUCUUGGAAGCCUGGGAGGAGAGCAAGAAGCCCAGAACAUCCACAAGGAGAACCUGGAGAAGCUGCAGUCCAUGUCUCAAGAGCAGAUCUUGGAGGAGCAGAAACGACUGCUGGCUCAGCUAGGUACGAACUUCUUGCUGACUUCUGUACACCUUAUUCAGUGAUUUGGAUUAACCCCCCUCUGAUUUUUAAGGAUCAGGGCAGUUACCUUCAGUUUUGAAAGCACGAAACAUAACAUGAACUCUACACAAAAGAACAUUGUCCAAAGCAGCAAAGCCAGCUUCAGACAUGUGGAAUCAUUCCCAGGACUCGCUUCCACGCUUGAAGAUUUCCUGUUGGCAUGUUUAAUUUAUGCAGCUGACUUUGUAACAGGCACACAAACUGCAAAGCCUCUUUCACAGACCUCAUGGGUCUGUUGAAGAUAGCUGCUUACAUUAAUUUUUUUGGACGGGAUGCUUCUGAGACACAAAUGUGAUAUCGUGUCUUUAACUUGCAACCUGAAAAGCAGUCAUCUGUCUGAAGGCCAGGUGGGAGGGGACCUGAUGAGGAUAUGAGUGGGGAUAUUGGUUUUGCUGGUUACUAUGUUAUGCAUUUUUAUGUUUUUAUAUUGUCAACAACAAUUAUUAUUAUUAUUAUUAAUAAUAAUAAUACAGUGGUACCUCGGGUUACAUACGCUUCAGGUUACAGACUCCGCUAAUCCAGAAAUAGUACCUCGGGUUAAGAACUUUGCUUCAGGAUGAGAACAGAAAUUGUGCUCCGGCGGUGCAGCAGCAGAGGGAGGCCCCAUUAGCUUAAGUGGUGCUUCAGGUUAAGAACAGUUUCAGGUUAAGAACGGACCUCCGAAACGAAUUAAGUACUUAACCCGAGGUACCACUGUAAUAGCGUCAAUCACUAUUGACUCAAAGAAUUGACGCAUGCAUCAAGGAGGAAUUUUAAUGCUGACAGUAUUUUGUCCCAUUUUCAUGGUUAUCAGAUCCUGGUUUACUUGCAUUCUUAAAGUCACAACGUGAUGGUAAGGUAACUCGGGAAGGAGAAAGCCAAAAGCAGCAUGAGAGGCCAGGAAAGCUUCUUCAUCCAGAAACGCAGCCUAGACCCCAGCAUGAAGCAGAAGAAACUCUGAAAGCUCCUUUGUUACAGAAGCCAGUGAUGGAAGAGGAGGAGGGCAUGGAGGAGUCCGUGCAAACAGAAGUUGGUACAAGAAUGGAGGAUAGCACAGGUAAGGAAAAGUUACGCGUUGUUGCAAUGGAUGAGCAAAAUAUCCAAGUUUCCAUAUAAUAUACAUGCUUGUUCUUCCAGGGUUUUGAUCACUGCUUCAAUUCUAGAGGCCAAGUAUUCUCAACUCAAAUCUGUUGUGCAAAUGAAACAAUUGCAGGACCGUAAUUUUGCUUUGUCGUACAACUAAGAAGAGGCUGUUUUACCUGACCCAACCUCAGGGGGUGUAGGGGUGGGAAACUUGCUACAUGCAGUUUUCAUAUAUUUGCUGGUGUUGCAAUACUCUCUGGCAAGGGGUGGCAGAGAUGAAAAGUAUGGCAACUACAGAUGCAGCUGCUGAUAAGAGUAGUUUUGAAUGGCACCUUCACUUUCACUUCUUGGCAGGCUGCGUGUCCUUUGGGAACAAUCAAUAUGUUUGGGUUUUGUGUAUAUAUAUAUAUAUAUAUAUAUAUAUAUAUAUAUAUAUAUAUAUUUGCGGCUGCUGAUUCUUUCACUGUGUGGCACUAUAUGGCAACGUUACCUGCUCCUUGUGAACAUAUGCCCGCUUCGGGGACUCCCCCUGCCCCCACAGUCUCUUUCAGCUACAGUCUCUUUCUGCUUCCACUCUGAGAUGACCCUAAACCCAUUUUUACUGCAAGGUGAUUCUGGGCCUGGCUUUUAUAUCUUGAUUCCCAGAAGCGAUGUGUUUGAAGUUAACAACGGAGCUGUCAAAUUAGGUACCUGGGCAGAGGCUUUGUAGGAAGAAUCAGCAAAAGGAUCUGAUUUGUGAGAUUGGAGAACAAGGAUGAACAGUAGGAAGUUUGGGGGCUGGAGAAAGAAGUAUGCUAGCAAUGAGUCCAGGAACCACAUCAUUGGCGGCUUGCGCUGCAGAAGUGAGUGAAGAUAAGACAGAACAGAUUUUAGCGGCUGCACCUGCAGAAGCUGCUAAUGUAGCUCGGUCUCCAUUGCGGCUUCUACAGCACUGCGGGGUUGGGUGAAGCCAGUGAGAAAUUGUUGUGGCUUUCGGGAAGGAGAUUGACUGCCAAGUGGAGUUACUCCUCCAAACUAGAACUUGCUGUGAACAAAAGGCCUUGGGUUGUGGGUGGAGGAAGCAGAUUUCGGUAGCUGCUUAAAGCUAGCUGGAAUCUCUCCCAAGACAGAUAAAUCCUGUGAGGUUUAAGAAUCCUGUGUUUAGAUUACGGUAUAUUCGUCCUCAGUGUGGAUUAUCUAGGCUUAAAAGGCACACAGCUUGAGGUAUUGGUUGAUUGGCAGGCUAGAGGGGCACCCACUUUCCAUCCCCUUCAAAUUGUAGGAAUGGGGAUAAUAUGUGUAUUGGAGGAAAUACAUUGUUUAUGAUGCCUCAAGAUUGGAGUCAAAUCCGUAAGAGGGACCUGUGGGCUUCUGCUGGAGCUUGUGUUCUGAUGAUGAUAUGGAUCAAUAAUACCCUUUGUACUCUCGCCAUAUCUGCAGGUCCCUUUCUGUUUCCUGUACUUAAGUGAUCUGGCUAGUGGGUCCAGAUUGAGUUACCUGCAGGCUGUUAUUGCUAAAGGACAGCCAAAAGCAAUUGCUCAUUGCCUCUGUUAUCCCCAGACAAUGAGGGAAGGCAUUAAAAAAAAAAUUGAGGGUGGGGAGGGGAGAGAAAAGGUUCUGCCUCAAGGAACUUACAUCUUAAUUUCCACAGUGAUGGGAGGAAGAAAUGGUAAAGAGAAAGCAGAGCACACUCAGGGCUUCAUUUCAGUUGCAAAUGUGAGACCUUGAGGGGUCAGGCCAGAAUCUCUGAGGCCUUCAUCUUGGUCAGUUUGGGGAUCCUGUUCUUUAGGUCCUUGCCUCAGCAUUUCGUUACAAUAAAGCUCCAAGUGUAUUCCAGAAGGGCUGCAGCUCAGUGAUAGAGCAGGAGCUUUCAGACAGAAGGCUCUGAGUUGUCCAGGUAGGGUUGGGAGAGGCCUCAGUCUGAAAUCCUGGAGAGCCACUGCCUGCCAUCAUGGAUGCUAACUGAGCCAGGUGGGCCAACAGCCUGACUCGCCACAAGGCAGCUUUCUGUGCUUCCCUUAACAAACAAACCACGACCCAUGAAGUCGAUCCAAGAGGACAGUUAACCUCCUUGGUUUUACUGAGUUCUUGGGACUGCAGAAACAAGGGGAAGGGCCCUAGCUCAGUGGCAGAGCAUCUGCUUUGAGCGCAGAAGGUCCCAGGUUCAGUCCCUGGCAUCUCCCCACGUAGGGCUGGUGGGAGAGAGCCCUGUCAAUUUCAAUCAGUGCAGAGGAUACGGAGCUGGAUGGACCAGUGGACUGUCUUGGUAUAAGGUAGCUUUCUGGAUUGCCAGAUACCUGGCAGCCCACGAUACGUGGCCAGUAGUGCUUGGCUCUGUUGGCCACAGUUUGUGCAGACCUGCUCUGUCGUAAGCUUUAAUUCGAAACUUCCCUGCUAUUAUUCUUUUUUUCAUCCUGUUCCUUUCCCUCCCGCCUUGUUGCAUUCCUCUCUUCUUGAGUGUUUUACCUCUCCGCUGCCUCUCUGCCCCGGCCCCAUACUUGCGCUGGCUGUUUCCUUCUGUCUGAUCCUUUGUUGUGCUAUAUUCUCUGGGUCUCCCUGCCUCGUGGAGCCUGCUUAAUGAGAUCUUUGAAUCGCUCUUGGAUUUGAGCGGUGUGGUUUGGUGCGAUAAGGGGUGGUGUUUACUGUUUCUCUUCUUGAGAGAGCAGCUUUAAUGUGCAAGAGGAGGGAAGGGAGAAGAAGCGAGAGCAGGUGGAUUAGCACUUCCGCAAGAGCUGCUUCCCCUCCCCUGCCCACAAUUUCUUCCCCCCACAAUUUCAUAUGCUUUCCUGCAUUGGGUUUUAGUUUUUAGCAGGCUGGCGCUAGAACAAUAGCUUGUUAAGGUGCACUGCUUGAAGAGAAGUGUUGGGUAUUUCCUCUGCACCAGGAUGGGGGGGAAAAGGUCCUUUGAGCCUUAAAAAAUGUGGAGAUAGCAGCAGAUUGAUAGCAAAGGAUUUAUGAGAUGGCAUAUUGGGAGAGUAGAAGCAAGAUGUGAUUGCGGAGGGAAGCAGAACUUGGUUCUGGGAGGACAGGGAAAGGUGUGUUGAACCAAGGAAGGGCAACUGUCCAUGGGGUGACUUAGUAUAUCGUUGGGAAGAGAGGAGCAAUUAUAAAAAUCAAUGGAGCUUUUCAAGCUGCCCGAGGUUAUGCAUGCAGCACAUUGUGCCCAGCAGGAGACGUAUUAUUAAUUUUGCAUUAGCACUUAGCAUUGGAAAGCUGCCACUGUUGAUGCCAAGGAGUAAAUGCAUCUUGAAUAGACUUAGCAGCCAUGUUGCCAGAGGGAAGAAGGCAGCCUGUGCUUGCAACGGGAAGAGAGCAAUUAAUUCAGAAGGGGAAACCCAUUCUCAACAAGGUCAACGAUUUGGGCUUCUGAUUCUCAAGGUCCCUCUCAGGUGGGGCCACAGUGUGCUUUCCGUAACAAGGGUGUGUUGAUUUAUUAGAUUUAUAUCCCAUCCUUCCUCCGAAAGGGGUUCGAAAUCCCCAGUGGACUUUCUUUGCUGGAGUGGAAGCAGAGAUUGCAGCUUGCAAUCAGAGCUCAGUGACAGAGCGCACGCUUCACAUUAGGGGCUGGGCGAUGUUGGGUUUUCAACAUGGCAGUGUAGUUCCAGCCCACCUUCCUGGGCAAAGUCCGCAAGGUGGUGCAAAACCACCCUAUCUGCCCCUUGCGGAGAGGGGCUGCUGGCGAGCGGCAGACCUGCCGGCAUCAUCAAAGAGCCCCUCCACCACCUGGUUGCCUUCUACCAGGAGGGUGGGCUCCGUCUUUCUGGGAGGAAAGGCACAGCAUGCACCCCAAGGCGAAGGCAGCCAGGUGGUAGCCAAGCAAGGCUGCAGGCCCCAUUCCCGCUCCUACUUGAGUGCAAGCAGGAGCAGGGGCGGGGCUCUCUCAGCUGGGAAGGGCAGGCUUCGCGCUUCCCAGCUGAGCAGCCGCGAUGAGCCCCCAUCCCACCACUGGUUCCUGUGAGCCAGUGGCGGGUCGGAGCCUCAUUGAAACAGCUUUGCUGAGGAGGGCAGCAGCACGUUCCUCAGCCCAAGCAGUUCAAAGAAGCAGAGGGAGGAACAAGCUGUAUUGGCAACUUACCGAUCCAACUUGUUUCUCCCUCUGCCAGGGCAGAGUGCAAUGGUGGUUUCACCACCGAUAUACCGCCAAGUGAAGCUGUCGUCACGGUCUCCUCCCAAUACCGGUCCUGAGCUAUAUAUUGAUAUAUUGCCCAGUGCUGCUUCACAUGCAGAUGACCCCUGGUUUCACUCUUGGCUGUCUGUGAGCUAAAAGGCUAGCAAGCGAUUGAAAACCCCUCUAUCUGAAACCUUGGAGAACCACAGCCGCUUAGAAUAGACAGGUAACUGAUGAGGUGGGUAAAAAUAACCCAAAGUUUGGGGCUCAAAUGACACACUAAACUGAAGUUAAGCAGGAGCUAAGGCUUCUGAGACAUCAGAAGUAGAGACAUCACCUUGCCAACAAAGGUCCGUAUAGUAAAAGCUAUGGUUUUCCCAGUAGUGAUGUAUGGAAGUGAGAGCUGGACCAUAAAGAAGGCUGAUCGCUGAAGAAUUGAUGCUUUUGAAUUAUGGUGCUGGAGGAGACUCUUGAGAGUCCCAUGGACUGUAAGAAGAUCAAACCUCUCCAUUCUUAAGGAAAUCAGCCCUGAGUGCUCACCGGAAGGACAGAUCGUGAAGCUGAGGCCCCAAUACUUUGGCCACCUCAUGAGAAGAGAAGACUCCCUGGAAAAGACCUUGAUGUUGGGAAAGAUGGAGGGCACAAGGAGAAGGUGACGACAGAGGACGAGAUGGUUGGAUAGUGUUCUUGAAGCUACCAGCAUGCGUUUGACCAAACUGCGGGAGGCAGUGGAAGACAGUAGUGCCUGGCGUGCUCUGGUCCAUGGGGUCACGAAGAGUCGGACACGACUAAACGACUAAACAACAACAAAGGCUUCUGAUCUCCUUGUAGCUGCACUAGAACACAGUAUGGGGAAGCUUGCAAGCCUGGGGUGAUAUCUGCACCCUCUUCCUCCAAGGGCUAGUAACAUUUUAGCCACACAGCAAAUAGUGUAAUAGGUUUAUUACACUUGCCCAAGGACCUCUGUUGUUGAGCAGGGUUUCAACCAGACUUCCUCUUGUGCAAGUUCCACAGCACUCUAUGCCAUACGUCCCAGAAGACGUAAUGGUGCAUGUGAGGGAGCCUGGCAAAAGCCUCUGUAAUCUUCUCCAGUUAAUGUAUGUAGGAGGCAUUUCUCUGCAACACCUUCCUCCUACUCUGCUUUAUGCUGUCAUGGUGCCGAUGAAUCUGUGGCUGAAUCCGAGAACCAGAGAGCCAGAACUUUAGCAGAUUUGGCUUGGUGGGGGCUGUGCUUGUAAAACAGUGUGCAGGAGAGAGCCAAGCUGCAGGAAAUGGCACUAUAGGCUGACUAUAUGUUGCACGCCCAAUUCUGAAAAACAAAACAUAAGCUUGGAAAGGUUCCAUGCACAUUCACCAUCCGGGCUGCCAGGUUGUGUUUCUCUAAAGGGGUUUCUCAUCAGUUCAACAAUCUGCUGAUAACCCUAGAAUACAUAACAGUCUUCCCCCCACUGUUGACAAGAUUGCAAUACUAGUGUCUGGUGGUACACAUUACUAAUUUGACUCAGAGCAUGGUUUAAUCCGCCUUCUCCAUUUAGUGAUUAAUGGAGAGGGGAAAAACAAAUACCAGAAGACUCUUCUGCUUCUUCCUGCUUCACACCCACCCCACUGGUGUGUUUGUUCUUCAUUCCAGCAUUUCUUUAAAAAAUAUAAAAUGAAUGUACAAUGGUACCUUGGGUUACAGGUGCUUCAGGUUACAGACUCUGCUAACCCAGAAAUAGUACCUCGGGUUAAGAACUUUGCUUCAGGAUGAGAACAGAAAUCGUGCUCUGGUGGCGCGGCAGCAGUGGGAGGCCCCAUUAGCUAAAGUGGUGCUUCAGGUUAAGAACAGUUUCAGGUUAAGAUCGGACUCUAUUUCUGGGUUAGCGGAGUCUGUAACCUGAAGCGUAUGUAAUCCGAGGUACCACUGUAGUCCAAAGAUAAGCAAUAAGUAAUGGUUGAAAAUAAGCUGUUACUGUAAUUUUACUAGAGCUUUGUUUAACUUGAUUUGGAUGCUUACUCCAUUACUAAUUGUAAGCCCCAUUGUCCUAGAACAAUAUUCCAGAGUUAACUCAGUAGAUUUAUCUCAAGAGGUUGUCAAGGUGCUAAUUGUUCCUUCCAUUGCUGCCUAGUCUAUAAUGCUAAAUAAUUGAUCUUCUUGGUGUUCCAACCAUUAAAAAACUUAUUGGCGAUGCUCAGAGUCUCCUAUUCAGUUGUUGCUGCAGAGCCAAAAUGUAUAAUUAGUUGAUUCCCCCCCCCCCUUCAAUUUCUCACUGGCUCUUUGUGAAGACCCAGAAUUCUAAACAUUAUCGCUCGUGAGACGGCAAUAAUGGAGCCCUCUGAACUUGCCUUUCAAGACUCUUACUUUCCAAUAUUAUCGGUUUUCUCUCCUCAGUAUCUUUAUUUUGAGACCCUUUUCUUAGGGUUGUUGGAGUGCAGUUUAAAUCAUUAGCCUCAUGUUAUUCUGUGCUCUUGAUUUUCUAAUCUGAUUGUAUUCACUCCACGUCCAAGUUGAUAUUCAGCUCAUCUUCAUUUCAUCUGCAAAUUUUAUUAACGGCGCCAUCCACUUUCCUUCUCCAGAUCUUAUGGAAGAUUAAACUGUUGGUGGACCUUUGAUGUUUAUGUAUCAAUGAUGAGUCAGUCUCUGAGCUUUUUUCCCUUCCCCUUGUAGUGUCAUAAAAGCAGUAUUUGAUGCACUUCUUCAGAGCCACAAAUGUUGACAAUGAAAGUGAUGCAUGCUCUGCUUUCACGCUCAGGAAUAACAAUGUCUGCCUUUGCCUUUCCCAAAAGGUGGUGACCUUCCAGUGAAGCCUCAGAAAGAGUGGCUCCACAUGGACACUGUGGAGUUGGAGAAGCUGCAGUGGUUGAAGGACCUCCCUGAACCUCGGCAGAAGAAAACCAAAAAGGUCAGGAGAAUAAAACAUAGUCCCUUCUUUCUUGCUUUCAGAUUAACUUCCCCCUAGAAAAUUGGUAGGUAACCUUUUUCAGCCUGAGGGCUGCCUUCUUUUAUGGCAACCUUCGGGGGGCGGGGGGCAGGCUGCAUCCCAGCAGGGGGCAGAAGCAAAAGAGCAAUGGGUGUGACUCUUGCCUUGGUAACAGUAGAUUACACUCCAGCCAUGAAAAAGCUGUUUCUACACCCACCCACCCCCACACCACUUUCCAUCCUCCUUCCAGGCAAGCAAGAGGCAUUAUCUCAGUUCAAGGAGACAUUCUAGCCAGGCAGAAGCUCUCAAGGAGGGUGUGGCCUGGAAGAGUCAAUUUGGCCUACAGAGAACCCCAAAGGCCAGACAGCAGUGUUUGAAAUCGCCCAGGCACCAGUUGCGGGUUCAGUUGUGACCAUGUGAAGAUGUCUUGUCAUCAGGUUUGGCAACUAACAUCUCCACCAUCUGGCUGGUGUACAGUAGCAGUUUCUGCUGCCCCCCCCCCCAAUAUCCCAGCAUCAAAAGACACUGCUGCGUGGCAGCCGGCUGACUGAUCUGUGGAGAUGUCUUGUCGCUGUUUAAUCCUGUAUUGUUUUAUUUGAUGUUUUAAUGUGUUGGAAACUGUUCUGAGACAUUUUUUCUUUAAAAUAUAAAGCGAUAUAGAGAUGAUGAUGAUGAUAAUAAUAAUAAUUUCAUUGUAAAAGAAAAUGGCACCUAGACAGUCCAUUGUGGUGGCCGUAACCUAGGUUCAAGGUGUCAUUUGGUGGUUAUUUUAUAUCUAUGCAUUUAUAACCCUACCAGACAGAGAGACCUGGAGGACCACAUUUGGUCCCUAGGCCAGAGGUCCCCUUCCCUAGAACAUGUUGUCAGCAAAAAAUGGUAAAAGUUGGCUUGGGUAGUUAAGGGAUUUAGAUCCUACUAAGUGUGAGCAGCUAAAUUGGUAGAAUAGCUGAAUGGCACAGUAGGCAAUAAAGGUUAUAAUUUUAUUUGUUUCUUUCUCCAAUAGGCAAUGCAGGCACGCUUCAAUCUGAAGGGAGAUCUUAUUCCCCCAGAUAAAGACCUCCCCACACAUCUGGGCCUACACCACCACGGAGAGGAAGCAGAAGUAAGGGGAGAACAGCCUUGAACGCUAGAACAUGCUUGUGAUCUCAUUGCAUGUUUGACUCUCUUUCCUGUCUUUCCUUCUUAGGUAGUCCUGGGCUAGGUGGUCUGACCAUUAAUGAUUCUCAGUUGAAGGCAUCUAAAGUACUUUCAUGCUUUCAAAAAUGGAAGAAGCAGAGAAUUAAUUACUGUGAAAUAAGAUUGCUACUUGGAGCAAGAUUUCUUUUUCUCAUCACAUACGAGGAUGGGAAAUUCCCUCACCCUCCUCUUGAGUAGCAGUAACUUAUUGAACAGUAGAUCCCAGACUAUUGGAUAGUGUAGUGUAGCAUUCCGAUGAGUGUUUCUUCUGGGAAGGCUCAGUUUUUGGUGUUUUGCUUAGAACCUAAUGGAGCUUUAUAAAAAAGGGUGACUCCUACUAUAACCUCCAUCAGGUUGGUGCUCAGCGACCUUGGAAUAUUUCCCCAUGCUUUCUUUGUAGCGUUUGAUGUGUCUUGCAUGCUUGACUCAUCUAAAGCUUAGCACAGGAACCUUGUUGCCCCUGCUCUCUGCAUGUAUUGCACUAUUACCUGGAUUGUGUGGUGCGAUUGGCAGAGGACAGUCCUGUUGACUUCCUUGCUUCUUUCAGAGUCUGUUCAGGUGAAAGGAUGGUGUCUCUUCAUUAGUAUGUAACGUAACACAAUGAUAGAUACCCUAAUGUCUGGAUGUUUUAUUUUUAUGCUAGAGGGCUGGCUACUCGCUCCAAGAGCUCUUCCACUUGUCUCGCAGCCAGGUCAUUCAGCAAAGGACUCUGGCUUUGCAGGUGCUUGGUCACAUUGUCCAGAAGGUGAGUUAACCUUUGUAGGGGUGACGAGAGAAACGGGGUGGCCAGGUUUCUUCUGAUGCCACAAAAACCAUCUCCACAUAUACCAAAUCACCAAUGUGCUUUUUGGUUUCUGAUCUUGUUCACCUUUUAAUUGGCCCUAGGGAAUCUCUAAAUUAAGACAGUUUGGUGACAUGCAAGUACAUCCACAGGGUUUGAUCUGAAGUGGUCAUUUUUGCAAAGUUGAAGAAUGACCACGGUGCUCCAACAGAAAGCUUCCCACUGUGACAUUUCUUAUUAGAUGGGUCAGUGAUCAAAACAGCCUUCCCCAGCCUGACAACUCCAGAUGUUGCUUUAAGACUGACCACUAGCUGUGCUGCUAAGACCUGAUGGAAGUUGGAGUUUAGCAGCAAAGCUGGAGGGAGUCAGCCUGGGGAAGGCCGUAUUAAAACAUUUUUGAAGGUUCCUACCUCCUUAAUGAGUAAAUAAAACAUUAUUUGGAUCUCUCCAUAUAUUUGGUGACUAGACUGAAAUCUUACUAGUCUUCUGAUGCUGUUAUCAUGUUAUUAUCUAAUCUGAAAGGUUUGAGUGAUGUUCUUUUGCACAUUUACCUGGGAACAAGCACCACUAAAACCUAGUGUGGAUUGUUUCUGAAUAAACAUGCAUAGGAAUUGGCUCUCAGUUAAGGGAAACAAAAGGCAGCUAGCAGUUUAAUUCACUAGCGACUGCCAAAUCUGCUAAUGGUGAAGUUUCUGCUGCAUUGUAUUAAUUUGUGGUUUAGUUGAAUACGUUGGCUAUUGGGAACAGCCAAAUUAGGCUCUUAAGUGCUUUAAAGCAACGAGAAAAGGUUAUGAAGUCUGGCAGAAAUUGGCCAUAAUUGUAUAUUGAUAUAAGCCAGAAUCUACAGAUCUUGGCUGGCUUAGUCCCCACUGGUAGACCAUCAUUGUUUGUGGAAUGCAUAGAGGAUGUGCGGGUGGGAGUGGAGGGACCUGAUUUCAUUAUUGUGCUUUGGAAGCACUCACAAGGCCUCCAAAGCACAGGGCAAACGUCAGAGACAAGAGAGAUGACCACACCUUGGCAGAAUUCCAAGGGAAGAACAUUCCCCCUCGAGGCCAGAGAUGCAGCUGCCCAUGGUGUAUUUAGUGAUCUCAUUUGUGGAGCCCUAGGGAGAAACUCAGUUGCCUUAUAGCUGUGUGCAUUUUGCCAGAGGAUAAGAAUGCAAAAGAUAUCAAUCUUCAUCAUAAAAAAAAGAAAAUGUCAUGAUUUGAAGUGGAAGAAGUGGAAUGGAUUUGCUUCCAUCAGUUUCCAGUCUAAGGACUUCCGGGAAAGCGUCCCUGUGCUGCCUUCUAAAAACAACAACUCUCUCUCUCUCUCCAUCUCUCUCUCUCUCUCUCUCUCUCUCUCUCUCCUUUUAACCUGACUUUGUCGUUGUGGUGUGUGUUUUCAGGCCAAGGGAGGGGAGUUUGCCUCCUCGCUGAAAGGAAGUGUCCUGCGUGUGCUGCUUGACGCUGGUUUCCUCUUUUUGCUCCGCUUCUCCUUGGAUGACCCAGUGGAUAAUGUCGUUGCAGCCACUGUCCACGCCCUCCAUGCGCUGCUUGUCUCUCCAGAUGAUGAGGUGUCUAUCUGCAGAACCCAAGAAUCCAUGUAAAAUAGUUUUGAGUGUUGGUAUCAGUAGGGAUAGAUCUCCGUGUUAUUAAGGGCUUCUGCUCCCUUCCGCUCAGUGGUGGGGCAACUGCUUUGCAUGCAGAAGGUCCCAGGUUCAAUCUCCAGGCAGGGCUGGGAAACACUCUUGUCUGAAAUCAUGCAGAGCCACUGGUGGAUGGCGCCAGAGACAGAAAGUGGAUAGAGCAAUUGAUGUGGCUCUUAGCUUUGUGUCAGCAGACCACAUUCCAGCGAUCCACACAUUUUUCUCCAACUUUGCUAUUCAGGCAAGCAAGGGGCGUUAUCAUAGUUGAAGGACACAUUCCAGCCAGGCAAAAAGCAUUUAAGGAGAGUAUGGAACAGGGCUGAUGAGGGGUAAGACCUAGGGGCUGAGUUCCAAGGGCCAGAAAGAGAGGCAUGGAGAGCCACAUUUGGCCCCCGAGCCUGAGGCUCCCAUCCUCUGGUGAGAGACACUACUGAGUUAGAUGGACCAGUGUCCUGACUCUGCAUGAGGCAGCUCCCUCCUUGGGCAUUAAAUGGAUCCUUUGCGUUUUCUGUUUCCAGAAGAACAAUUCUGGGUCCAUGCCUUUAGAACUUAUCGUGAAUAUUUGUUUGUUAUAGUUUAUUAUUAUAUUCAUGUCCUACCUUUAAGCCAGGAAGCUGAAGGUGGUUCACACACUUCUCUCCUCUUCAUUUUAUCCUUGCAGCCGCCCUGUGAGGUAGGUUAGGCUGAGGGGCAGUGACUGGCUAAGUGGGCAUUUGAACUAUGGUUUCUCAAGUCCCAGUGCUGCCUCUCACACCAUUUAUUCCAGUAAUUUCUCUGGGAGGGCUCUUUCCAAGCCUUGCUAUCGAAGACGCCUAGGAGUGGAUAUGAGAGCAUCUUCUCCUCCUUUUUCGACGCUGUUCAGCAAGAACUAGCUUCUUGUUUUUCAUUUCCUUGCAGGAGUAUCUGGACAAGACAUUUUCAUGGUACCAGGGUAUCACUGUCUACCCUUUUAUCCCGAAUGAGGGCGAAGAGGAGGAGGAGGAGGAAGAUGAGAAUGAGGAACAAACUCCAACCCAGAAGGCACCGGGGAAAAGACCAAAGGAUGAAAACAAACCAGAUCCAGAAGUGGCACAAUAUGAUGCCAUAAAGGUAAAACCUCUAGUCACUUCCAGAAUAUUGUCAAUAAAGCAGUAUCUUUGUAAAAAAAAACCCCCACAAAAAAUACAUAUCUGUUACUGAUUCAUAGGCUGAAGUGGAAGUUUGCUGAGCCAUAAUUGGGGCUUUUGUAUUAGACUUACAAAAUCUUAUUAUUAUCUCCAAGGGACUGCUAAAGACCAAGAUUCUUCAGCGCCUGAGAUACAUUCUGGAAGUAAUGCGACCUGUGCCUUUGGUAGUCCUGGAGAGUCUAGACAUCCUAACGCGCAUAGCAAGGCACUCUACUGAAGCAUGCAGUCGGGUAGGUACCUGUGUGUGUGUUCUCUGGGUCAAAGAUGCCAGUUGAGGUGGAAGAAUAGAGAUCAUAUAGGAAUAUUUCAGAUUCCUUUGAUAUACUUGGCCAGAUGGUUAAAUUUUUUACAUUGCUGCACUGACAAAUAAGUGGCUUUGUGCUGCUCUUAAAUGUCUGUUUUGCAGAUCCUGGAUUGCCCUCGCCUGGUUGAGAUGGUCAUCAGAGAAUUCCUCCCCACUCAGUGGAAUCCAAGAGUAGCUGAACCUGGGCAGUUGCUCACAAGUCUGCAUGGAGUUCCAUGCGCCACUGCCAUGAAGCUAAUGAGAGUCUUGGCAUCUGGAGGGAGGAAUGCGGCUGCCAGGCUGGUAAGGGCCUCUCCACUUAAGCUAUUUAAACAGGGGGGCAGAAGUUCAAAAGAUGGUUGAGACGAAAAGAAGAAGAAGCUUGGUUACUGAGCCGCCUGAGAAACAGUUUCUAUCCAAAUGCAAUUUUGGUUUUAAACGCAGUGUAAGGUAGUCUUUAUGUGAGUAUAUUGUAUUCAGUGAUGGGGUAUCAGAGUUUUUAGGGGCUAUCCAGGCUGGGAUAGCUGGGAUAGCAGGCUUGUGCGCCCGCCCUGUGGAACGCCCUCCCACCAGAUGUCAAAGAGAAAAAUAACUACCAAACUUUUAGAAGACAUCUGAAGGCAGCCCUGUUUAGGGAAGCUUUUCACGUUUAAUAGGUUAUUGUAUUUUAGUGUUCUGUUGGAAGCCACUCAGAGUGAUUGGGGAAACCCAGUCAGAUGGGCAGGGUAUAAAUAAUAAAUUAUUAUUAUUAUUAUUAUUAUUAUUAUUAUUAUUAUUAUUAUGAAUGUCUGAUGUAGAUUUUUCCAAUUUCGUUGUUCUGUAUGGGACAAUGACAAUAAAGAUUAUCGUAUUGUACUCAAUUUCCCCAGAGAUGGCUGACCAGUCUGUUGGCACUCUCUAUAGAUCCACAUAGACACACAUACACACAUCAAUUUUUGGUACAAUGGAAACAAAUCAUGUGCUUGAAAUAAGUAAUGCUUGGAAUUCAGAUUUUCUAAAGAACUUUUAUGUGGAGGUAAGGUAGGGGAAGGUGUAAGAAGUACUUUGGUUGCAGAGGGCAAGGGGAAAGGGGAUGAAAGACAGGUGCUGAGAUAGGAAGGUUCAACGCCAAGGAAGUGCAAUGGGAAGUAAGAAGAAAAGGAGUGCUCAUUUUUAAUGCUGCUUCCAUUGAUUUCCAUGAAACUUUAAGAAAGGGUAGAAGCAGUGGCAGGAGGUGGGGUGGUGGGGUAGCGCCACUCACCUGACCUAGUUCCGUUGUGUCAUUGCUGCUUACUGAAAUGCAGAGGUGGAAGGACAAGGUGGUGGCAAGGUUGGGUGUGGUGCAAUUGCACUGGCAGAGCCAGUCUGGUGUGUUUGCACUGUGCCAGCCUCCCCACCUCCUCUCCUCUCUCCUCCUCUACUUCCCAGUAAGUAGCAGCAAUAGGACUGACUGGAGGUCAAGUGGCUGCCGCCGCCACACCAAGCCAUCUGCUAUUGGGUAUGAGACUGGCUGGCUGACUCACUCCCAACGAUCCUUCUUGCCUAGCAUGCUUCCCAUAGCAGCCAACCAGUUGCACCCAGAAAGUCCACAAGUAAGGGAUGCUAGCAACUGGUGUUCCGUAGUUCAGUGCAUGUGAUUGUGGAUUUAACCAUCAUGGUCACCAGCCAUUGACAGUUCUAUCCCUAAUGGACUUGCCCGAUCCCAUUUUAAAGCCCUCUAAUCCAGUGGCUAUCAUUAGGUGUUCCUCCUCGAAUGUCUGUAUGGGUUACUCUCCCCUAAGUCCUGCAGCUUACUCUGCUGUCUGCUUAUUAUUCACAGCUUAAUAAGUUCGAACUGAAGAGUCGGCUGGGUCGCUUCGUAGCUGAAGAUCCCAAAGACCUUCCCCUGAGGAUAGAGGAAGCCAUAAGGAUGAACACUGAAGCUUUCCGCUUGUGGGCUGUGGCCACCGGCUACAGUCAGGCCUGUGAUCUCUUUGGGUGUGUUUUCAGAAUAAGGCACAUCUUCUCCCUACCUGCCAAAAAAGAAAAACCCUUGCCCAGCUGCAACUUAGGAAACCUCUGCUCACCAUCACCAUCACUAUGGUUGAGUGUUGUGCAAUUGCACUGGCAGAGCCAGUCUGGUGUGAACCAUAGUGAUGACUCACCAUAGUGGUUGAUCUGCCAUUCCCUUCUCCACCUGCGUAUUGCAGUCUUUCUUUUGCAGUAGGCAGGAGAGGAAGGAGCUUGUAUAAACUGCAGCAGCGACUUGGCAGGAGAGAGGUAUAUCUCUCCCAUGUCAUCAAGAACAUUAGAAGGCCACAUCUGAGAAGAUCACUAAGGUUUAUUUGCCCCUAUUAAUCUCUAAACCAGGAUGGAUAACAAGCGGAAAAACCCACUAAUCUACACAGUUACCAGGGAAGUCAGUUUGACAAGAAUCUAGGAAGCAAAUAAAGACUGUCUCUGAAAUGGUUGCUUAGCCUCCUUUUCUGCAACAUCCCCUGAAUGAAGGAGGUUGGAAUUGAGGUGAGGUAUCUGUGGGCUCAGUCACUGGGCUUGUUAGCGAGGACUGUAUCUGAGGCUUGCAGAUUUGAGGCCACUCAUUAGCAGGGAGAGGUGUUGACUCCUCUGGGCCAGCAGAAAAUCCAGCUUCUCCAGACUGGUUUUCACAAACCAGAAUGGGUCCACUUUGUAACAGUUAUGUAUGCCCAAAUGCUAGUUUUGUAUCAGUGAGUGACACUAGGUGCAGCUGAUCAUUGCCACAAGAACUGCUCCCUAAACAGCUGUAUUCAAACCAGCAACCAAAGUAAAUUGGUAAUGGGUGAUACUCUUUUCUGCAAAGUUUUUUGUCUUAAAAUUCUGGCAUAUAGGCUGUUCUGCCUGCCAUGACCAUGUAAGAUGCUUGUUCUCUUAUCUUUACUGAGAAAGAUGUUAACAGUGUAAGUAAGGUUGAAAUGAUGUCUUUCGGUUGCAUAGGAAAAUCCUCAUUUCUAUUCAAGCUUUAACUUUUCCUGCUUUUAAAAAAUGAACUUUUGGUUCAUUUUAUCAAACGUUUUGAGAAGCAGGAAGCCUUUUCUCUGCAGAAUAUGGGUCAGUAACAAAGUUAUCAUGGGAUUUUGGAUUGUGCUGGGAGUAAACAAAUUAUUUGUAACAAUCAAUGUCCUGUGAUCCCUGCCCUCCGCCUCAUACAUUUUCUCAAAUUUACAGGGAUCUCUAUCCUGUGCUAAUGAAGAUGGUCCCAUCCCUGGCUCAAUUGGCUGGCAGUUUUCAGGAGAACAACUCUCUAUUUGAACUUUCUGUCCAGCGAGCUGCAGCCAUGGUGACUCUGCUUACUCAAGUGACACAGACGGCCGGCUGCAGGGCAGAACUGCAAGCCCAGCUUAGCAGGUAUCGCCACCUUCUAUUGCCAGUUUUUUGUGUGUGUGUGUGUGUGUGUGUGUGUUCCUAAAAAGGCAUGUUCUGCAGUAGCAACAUGAGUUUGCAUCACUCACCGGAGUGCUUUUUAUUUUAUUUUAUUUUAUUUUAUUUUAUUUUAUUUUAAUUUAUUUAUUUAUUUAUUUAUUUAUAAAGGUUUUUGUUUGAAUUUUUAAACCAGAUGUCAAGGUAGAUUACAAUAUAACAAACAGUAUGCAAGUAAUAACAGUUAAAAGAGAUAAGAAAUAGCAGAUAUAAUGCUCUAAACUAAAACAUGAGGGAGAUGAUGAAUUAACAACUUAGUAACAUAAGUUACAAUCACACCAAAGGCCCAUCUAGUCCAGCAUCUCAAGCAAAGGCCUAUGGGAAACUCGCAAGUAAGACACGAGGGUAUUGGUCCUCACCUGCUGUUCCCUAGAUGCCAGUCAUGGCUUCUGUUAGGAUCCUGAAAUGUCCUCUUUUUUUGUCCAGUGCCCUUUUUUAUAAUUUUUACAAAAUUUUCCAAAUUACAUUUCAAAAGAUUCAUUUAGACAACCCUAAAUCAAUGACUUCUCUGCUUCUCUUUCCUUGGUUCAUUUUGCAUACCACACAUCCCUGCAUAUUUUACAUGAACUAAACCAUUCAGUAAUCCAUUAUUACAUCCAUCAAAACACUGUUGAAUUUAUUUUAGUGCUACCAGCGUUUUUAAAUGAACACAAUUUUCACCCAUAUAUUCAGUAAACAUUUUCCAGUCUUCCUUAAAUGUAUUUUCUUCUUGUUCUCUUAUUCUCUAUGUUAAAUCUACAAGCUGUGCAUAUUCCAUCAGUUUAAGUUGCUAUUCUUCUUUGCUUGGGACCUCGCUUGUUUUCCAUUUUUGUACUAGCAAAACAUGGGCCACAGUAAUAGCAUACAUCUUUUUUGACACCUGGGAAUUUCCCUCUGAAUUAUCCCUGACAGAAAGGGCUCUGGGGUUUUUUGGGGAAAGGUACUUUAAACCAUUUUUUUCAAUUCAUUGUAUAUCGUUUCCCAAUACUUUUACCCUUUUACAAGUCCACUUUUUUGUCCAGUGCUCUGGUGUGAAUCCUCGUGCCAGAGCGCUGGAGCAGAAGGCGCUUUGGUGUGUCCCUGCUGACGAGUGCCAGAGCACCUUCUGGUCUGGCGCUCUGGGACUACCCUGCACACGAUCGCCAGAGCACUGGACUGGAAAGUGCUCCCCUCCUAACAUCCUGAUUUGGGGGACAAAAAUAUUGGGUGGUGUGGAAGUGGUAUACAGCAGCCAUUGAUUUUAAAAAGCCUGCCCAAAAAAGAACAGCCUUCACAGAAGCCAUCAAACGGUCAUACUCUGCCUUUCAUGCAGGGUUCCCAACAGACCCCAAUUCAUGCACUGAGCAGACUCAGUUCUGUGUAGCUUCAGCGAGGUUGCUGCAUUAUCUGCUUGAAAACCAUUCCCUGCCUGUAUGUGUGGAUGUUUUUCCUCCACGUAAUGGCCUCUGUACUGUGGGCUGCUACAUUCCAGCAGUGCAAAAGUCAGAGGUAAACUUGCCCUUACCCGGCAAGCAAGAGGCGUUAUCCCAUAUCAAAGAGACAUUCCCUCCAGGCAGAAGCAUUUGCAAAGCCACAAGAUAAACCAUCCACAAUAUCAGGUUCUUUCAAAAGGGUAACUGAGCGAGGGAAUGGGUUUGUGAGCGCAACCUUAUUAUUUGCCUUUAUUCUUGUUUUUAGAGAAGUUUCGUUUUGAACGAGAGCUGUGGCACUCCUGCUUCUAAGAAUCGAGGGUGCCAUCACAUGUCAGCUUUCUGCAAUGGCCAAAUAACACUCGGCACUAAAUGUAGGGUUUGUUGAAAUUCUGCCGUUAAGUGCUUCCUUACAAAGAGAAACUAGCAGUUAGUGAAUUGGCUCUCUCUGAAAUAUAGGUGAAUCAAUUUCUCUGGUUUUUCUUUCAAAUGGGCCGUGCAGAAUUCUCAUCACUUGUUUUGGGAAAGUGGCACUUGAAGUGAAGGGCAGGAAAGGAUUUUAAAUGAUGGGGGGGGGAGCCAGUUACCUUCAAAAUGAUGGGGUGGGUGGGGAAGAGAACAGACUAUUGUUUACAAAGCAGCGUUCCUAAAUUAUAUCAUAUGCAGCCUGACAUAGCCACAUGCUUGUGGUUCUGGUGUGAGAUUAUUAUAGGCUUUUAAAACAUGAGAUGGCUGUUGAAUAUGUACAGAUAAAUAAUAAAUCCUGGGCACUUUUAUGAGAAGCAAAGUGAAGAUAAUGUACCCAUUCUUUUGUGUUCAAAAAUGAGUGAACACCACCACCAUUGUUGGAAAAUCGUUUUCGGGCUUUAAAUGUGAAAAAUAUGGAUGUUUUAAUUUUUUUGUACUUAAGAGCUGUGUCUCUGUGUCAUGCUUGACAUGGUCACUUUAAAAUACAGAAUACAGACAAAGAGAGUCUAGGAGCAGGGUUCAUUUACUGGAGGCUGUUUGUCUUUGAAAACUUUUGAGUGAGUACAACACAUAACCAAACAUGAUGGAAGCUUCCUGGAGACAAAAAAAUUGCUGUUCUGUGGCUGAAAGUGGUAUUGAAGUUUCUGUCCUUUUCAUAACAGCUGUCUGUGCACGACUGGUGAUGAGAAUUGUGACAGAGCUUCUUUGGCUUUCUAUAGUUGUGAGGAAGGUAUUUAUGAGGGUGGUGGUGAUACCUCAGUAAAAACUGAUCACUUCGGCAAGUAAGGUUGUGACCAUCAAUGUUCUUUCAGCCUAGCAGUCUUGUCAGAUUAAUUGCCCUUCAAAGAGGCGUUCUAGUCUUCCCUGUGUGUGUCCUGCUUUAGUCCCCUAUUUUUGUAUCUCUUUUUCUUCCAUUUCCCUCUUCUUAGGAUGAGUGGGAGGAAAUAAUUAGACUUUGCUGAAGAGCAGUUGAUUGUGGUAUUCCCUAGGAAUCCACUGCUGAGUCCAGCGAAGCCCGAGGUUUGUUCGUGCUGCAGCAGUGGAGGUUGGCAGUGAAUUUGAUUGAGAAGAUAAUCAUUUGGGUGGGUGUAAAUAAAUACCUGGCUCAGUGAAAGAGGUUUCUCUGAUGAGAGUGAGUGACAGGGGUGGGAGCACUUUGAAGGAAAGCAUAUGGGACUGGUAGGCUGCAGGGGCAAACCAAGGAAAAAACACUUUGCUAGAGGCGUAAUGUGUCCAGCAUCAGAGAAAAGUGCUGUUGCAGUAUGAGAGCUGUUCUGUGUGAAUUUGGCUUGUGUCCUGCAUCCCGCAAAUGGAACUCUCAUCGCUGCAGACAUAAUGGGUUGAAUCCCAUUGUUCUCUUUUGCUUGUGGAGGGGAUUUAAAACUAUGGUGUGCCUCUGCUAGUGGAAGAGGAAGGGAGGUGACUUUUGCCAAUUUCCCUUUGCAGCCCCCUGCACCCUCAGUAAAUCUGCUCCAGAAGGUUGGAUAACUUUCUAGAACAGAAUGGAAGGUGAUGCUGCAGCCUGCUGGGGUUAUCAAUGAAAAUUAACCCCCUCUUCUGUUUGUGGUAACAUCAUCUGAAUUGAAAGCUUUUCUGCGAGCCGAAGGGACACCUUUAGAUUGAGCCCAAGAAUUAUCAGUCGCAUGAGUUUCUGUAAUUAGGAAUCAAGUGAUAUCUGUGCACGUGUGAAGCGGCUCUUAAUCUUUGAUCAGCCAAGGGCCUUGACCAUUUCCUAUCUUAAAUUAAAACAAUAAAUGAAUGGAUGAAUUUAUAUUCUGCUUGUUUCGCAGUCUCUUGGCAGCUUGCAAAACAUCAGUGAAAAUAUUACAGAUGGCACAAAAUUGACAAAUAUUAAAACUGCAACUUGAUGAAUCCUCUCCAGCCAAACAACUGCAGAAACCUUGCUUAGAAAUAACACAUUCUUGUUUCUUUUGCUCCCCUGUUCCCCCUCUCUCAAUUACUUGGAACAAGGUCAUUUCAAUUCUCAUCCAUAAGUGGAGCUUAUGACUGUUAUGUUGCUUUCCCCAUUUGUACUAAUACACUGAGUGGUGUGUUGUUGUUGUUUGGUUAUACUUACUCUCUGAUUUUUAUUUAUAGUGCCAUUAUUGUUAGUUGCCCGGAGAACUUAUCUGAUAUUCAGCUUAGUUUUACUGAGAGGAGGCCCACUGAAAUGAAUGAUCAUGAUUAAGUUAGGUUCACUCAUUUUAGUAGGUCUGCUCUGAUUAAACAGUUAUUGGGUGGCAUGUAAAUAUUGUUAGAGUUCAAAUCCUGAUUAAUCCAUGUAGUUUACUGGGUGACAUGGGUCUGGUCUUCACCUCUCAGCUAACCUACCUGCCAGGGUUGUGAAGAUACAAUGGGGGGUGGGGGGGCACCAUGUAUGCAGUGUGGACUCCUUGGGAUAUAAGUGUAGUAAUAAUUUAAUAAUAGAUAAGAUUAGGGCAAGGCACCAGUUCAGCUUGCUUGUGAAGCCAUCUAGUUGUAGACAUAAUAUAAACAAUAUAGACAUAAUAUAAACAAGAUAUAAACAAUACUCUCAUGAGUAAAGUUUGUUCAUUUAUUUCAUUCAGAAUAUCUACCACUUCUCAACAAAGCGUUAAAUAGUAAAACCGGACAACAAUGAAAGCAUCCUAAAACAUGUUCCACAGUCACUGAAUCUUUUAGGCUGAUCAGUCAGUUGGCGUUAGCAGUUUGAAGCUUACCUCUCUCCUUCAUGGUUUCUCUUUUCUGUUUCAGGAGUGAUCCAGAAGGCGGUGGCCAGAUUCCACCUCCGCCAGUCACCUGGAGUCAGGUAUCGGGCUUCAGGCCCAUCAUUGAAAUGCAACUGAAAGUAUGCCUUGAACAAAUAACCCAGCUGGAGAUCUGGCAGGCACUGCAGCCGCUCACAACAGCUUAUGUUCUUUACAUGGCGGCCUAUUACAGUCACUGCAAUCAGCAGGUGAGGCCUGUGAAAACCAAAGAAAUGUCUCUUGCAACUGUCUGCUGGGUUGAUCCUUUAUUCCCCAGUGCAACUAUCCGUCUGGGCAAGACUUGGAGUACAGUCAAGGGAAGGAAGUGCAGUUGUCUUAACUGAAAUGAUACAGGUGCCUGUCUUCUGGCUUCCUUUGUAAAUUCAGGUGAACCUUGCAGCUGGUUUCAGUGUCUUUCCAGCUUAUAAUUUGCCAAGCAUGGUACCUUCCAUAUGUUGCUGGACCACAGUUCCCAUCAUUCCUGGCCACUGGACAUCCUGGCUGGGGCUUAUGGGAGUUGGAGUCCAACAACAUCUUGAGGCCCUACCUUGGUUAACCUGGCUUUACUACGAUGACUUCGGACAGGAUCAGCUUAAUAUAUCUCUUCCCCCGUUCAUGGGGAGAGUGUCAAAAGCAUCGGAAACUUUCCAAAUCAAGUGGAAAAGAUUUAGCAGUAGUUUUCAGCCCCUGUUGAAAUGACCUUCAGGAGCUUUUUUGAAGCAACUACCAGUCAAAAAUUCUUUAUGAAAUCACCAAGCAAAUGAAAAUAAUUUUGUUAUUGAUUAUACUUAGAUUGUUUGAGGCCUGACCAUAGCCAGAGCCACUUAUGCAUUCAGUAGCUGCAUUCACACAUGACAAUAACCCAUUGCUUGUCCAACAAGCCAUGAGUAGACUCACCAACAAGCAAACACGUCAUGGGCUGUUUUUCCAGAACUUGAUUUACUUUCCAACUGUUCUUGUCUAAUACUUGUAUAACUUGGUGAGCAUCUGGGGUGGGAUGGCCAGACGUAGCUCUUUGGUUUGGACCUGACACCAAACCAUAGUUAAGCUGUGGUUCAUAAGCUUCACUUUUGUUUAUUCAUUUUACGUUAUUAGUUUACGCCAGGGGAGGGGGAUUACGAAUCUCCUUCUACAUAUCAAGUCUGAAGGGAAUUUACAAACCAUAAAAACAACCAGAAAUAGUUUUAGAAACCGUACAAAAAGCAAAUAAAGAUAUGUGUUUGUUCUGUAUUGUUUUUAAACCUAGUGCCAGGGAUCUUUUCGAGCACUGGUUUGUUGCCAGAAAACAAAUCAUGGGUAGUCUUCAAACAAGCCAUUGUUAACCUAAAGAAACUAUGGAUUAACAUUACGUGUGAACCAGGCUUGUGUCUGAGCACUUUCCCCAUUCACCCAAAGCUUAUCUAGAGCAGGAGGAGUACAGUGUGCAUCUCUGUAUUCCUCUGUUUUGUUUGAUGUCUCCCUUACAGCACAGGAAAGGAGGAAGAGCUCCUGUUGGGAAGGAGACAGUGGUAGUCAACUGUAGAGCAUAAACAGGAAAGAACAGUUUCCUCCUUGCCAGUUGUUCAAUAUAUUUUGACACCCUUGACCCACUUCUAAUUCCAUACAGAAAAGUAGUGACUGAUGUCUCUAUCUUGCAAGGAGCUGAAUUAAAGAGUCCUGGAUUUGCAAGGGCCUGUAAGGAGACUCUUCAGCUGUCCCACUUGAAGCAUUAGGGCAGUUACACCAGCCCAGGAGUUCCCAAACUCUGGUCCAUGGACCAGCAGUGGUUGCAAGCUUCAUUCAGGUGGACAAUGACAGAUCUCUUUUGAUACAAUUAAAAACCAUGCAGCAUCUAGCACAUUCAACAUACAAUUGCUACAACAGGUAGAUUAAUUAUUAAGUGAUCUGCCAAGAUGUCCUGCAAUUUUCCUGUGAGGCAGGGAAAGAGACAAUGAGUUUGAGAACCACCCUUCUUGCUGUGCUCUUGCCUUGUACUUGAGUUCUUUAAUAAAACAUCCCUAGGCAAAUAUGUUUGGAGGCAUUGAUCAUGCAUAAUAUAUCACUGUCCUGGACAAUGUCAUGAGGCAAAAUCAUGUGCCUGCAGCAUCUUGAAUUUAAAAAGGAAGGAAAUCAAUAGGUCUGACUCAUGCACUGUAUAUGUUGUUGGCUUAAUUUCAGAGUUUUCACAAAAACGCCUUUUUCCUCCCGUUUCCCCCCUCACAGCCAUCAGUAAACCCCAUUGACUCCUUAGAGGAAGUGGAGCAUCUGACAUCAGCGCUGCUGCUGCCUCUCCUCAGCCAGCCAGUCAUGCAGAACCUCUGGGAAAUGCUCAGGUAAAAUCUGUGCCCACGUCUGUUGCUGCUGCAGCAAGCCAACAAGCAGCAGUGGUGCUGUGCUGUCAUUCUUCGGGCAGCUGAAACAGUUCUGCUGGAUGGACAGGGCUGUGUGUCUUCUUUCCUUCUGCCCCUGUCCCUAUUUGUCUUUUGAUCUCGCUCAUAAAGUCAGAGUAAAUUAUGCAACGUGGGCAUACAUUAAACUGCAUCAUUUACACGGGUCACAGAAUCCUGCUUUGUGGCACAGAAUAUUAGUUUACCUUAGUGCAGAGGGUUCUUUAUUCUUGCCAGUGUGGUGUAGUGGUUAAGAGCGGUAGUCUCGUAAUCUGGGGAACCGGGUUCGCUCCUCCGCUCCUCCACAUGCAGCUGCUGGGUGACCUUUGGCCAGUCACCCUUCUCUGAAGUCUCUCAGCCCCACUCACCUUACAGAGUGUUUGUUGUGGGGGAGGAAGGGAAAGGAGAAUGUUAGCUGCUUUGAAACUCCUUCGGGUAGUGAUAAAGCAAGAUAUCAAAUCCAAACUCUUCUUCUUCUUCUUGCCAGGGUGUUACUUAAUGGCCAGAUCAAGGUGUGUGCUGGUGUUGGCAAAUAGAUCAUGUGCGCAGUUAGGCAUCUGCAUACCUCUGGAGCGCUUGCUUCCAGAUAAUGAGGGCAAGUUUGUCUGCUCUUCAAGAGGAUAGCGUUGCACUGUAGGUUCAGGAUUGUGCUUUCUGCAACCACCUAUAUGGCAAAGCUGAAGAAGCCAAGGAGUGAAGGAGGGUACUCUGGGAGUGGUCUGUGGGGGUAGAGUCCUACUUUGUCCGACAAACCUAGCACAUGAAACAAAUCCCAAAUUGGCCCUGGGUUGGUCAGCAGAACCCCAGAACAGCAUGUGGGGUCAAGUGGGGAAUGCUUGCCUUGAUGGUACUAUUGUCUUAGCAUACCGUUGAAUUUCUCUCUUUAGCUGGCAACGCUUUAAUCUCAUGGAUUUAUUUUUUUUAAUAAGUUGCUUUUUUCUCAGUAGUCUUUGCCUUCUGAAGUAUAACCUCUCUCUCUCUUUCUCUCUUUUCCACACAGGCCAUGCUCUGCUGUGUGCAAUCCUUUAACCUGCUCUCCAGCGCCAGAAUCUCUCCCCAGCAUCGUUUCUCUGAGCUGCACUGGGGGCAAACCCCCAAUGAGCCUUGCAGGCUCUAAAUCGCCUUUCCCUUUCCUUACUGCCUUCCUGGUGCUUGUCGACAGCAUCAUCACCGUACACAAAGGGCUGGUUGGCAAGGUGAGCCCUCCUGGUGUUUUGUUCUGCUGUUCUUCGAGCCAUUUCUGUUGGAGACAUGCUCUGUUCCAAAAAAGAGAACAGAGGACACUUCCUGCAUCUGAGAAGAAAGUGUAAACAAGGGCACUGUAACAGUGUCCCAUUUAUGUGUUUCAGGCAACCAGAUGCAAUAAAGCCAGGAGUUGGUUGAGCGAGCCCUGAAAGCCUAACCCUUGGGCAUAUGAGAGCCUGAAGUCUAGCCUUUGGUCAUAUAAACCCUCUUCAGUUUUUAUAAAAUUUUAAGCUUGGAGGCAUGAGGCUAUGUGAACCGCCUGCAAAAACACCACCCCGACUUGGCAAAUUCUGUAGAUGGUUUAUAAGCGUGUUUGUGUACAAGCCUUCCUCCAGUCUUGAACCCCAGUUGUGCAGGGGUUCUUAUCUCAGGGAAGCUUGCAGAUAUGCUCAGUGCAGAGGAGAGCAACAGAGAUGAUAAAGGAUCUGGAAACCAACCCUUACGAGGAAUGGUUGAGGGAACUGAAGGAGCUGGGUAUGCUUAGCUAGAAGAAGAGAAGACUGAGAAAUGACAUAAUAGCAAUCUUCAAAUAUCUGAAGGGCUGUCACAUGGAAGAUGGAGCAAGCUUGUUUUCUCCUUCUGCAGAUGGGUUGUUAAAAGUCUGAAAAGCUCCGGAGCAGUAAAAUUGACAGACUUGGCAAGAAAGAAGGAGCAGUAACCAUAAAUGAUUACUUUUCCAGACAAAUGGGCUCUUUUCCUAUGUCUCUUAAAAUGUGAAUAUAGCAUGCAUUGUUCUCUCCGGGGAAACCAUCAGUUUUCAAUUAUCCCAGCAGACAAUGAGAAGGAUGUUGUAGUAGCUGAGCAUAUGAAUGACAUUUCUAUAUGACAGAAAAAAACUAGCUAAAGGAGACUAUCACCCUCUAGAUUCAGGUGUUUUUGAACUGACAUUACCUUUUUUUUUUUCUUGACACAGUAUGUCUCCAUACUGGACGUGAAGGGUGUGACAGACUAUCUGCUGCAGAGCUGGACUGCUGACCCGCCUUCUAUAACUCCUUCCUCUGCUUGGCUCUUGAGCCAUGAGUACCAUUUUCAAUAUUACGUGCUUUCACUGGCUCAGAAAAUGGUAAGCUCUUUGCAUCCCUCUUCACUUCUGGUUUGCUUAGCCCACCCAUCACCAGCCUAGGGCCCUCCAGAUGUGUUUUACUACAGCACAUGCUGGUUGUGACUGAUGGGAGUUGUAGUCCAAAACAUCUAAGGAACACCAGGGUGGCUUUGCCCAUGUCCUUAUUACAGAACCUGCUGGGGAGGGGGCAUGAUGAAUGAGGCUGUGGUUCCUCAAUAGAAUUUGGCACCUACUGAUUCACUUUACAAUGUUCCCCACUCUCCAUUCCCCACCUUUGAUAAUGAAACGGACAAAAGAAGCCAAUAGGUGUUUUUCCCCCACCUCCCAUCCCAAUUUGCCACCCAUAAAGAAAACAUACUGCAGCUUCUUAAAAGUCUGCAGAGACCUAAAGCUGUCUUCUUCUACUCCCACCCACUCCCUUGCCACCCAAACAUCAGUAGACUCUGUCUGAAGGGACUUACGGGUUGUGGGAAAGUUGGGGGUUGUGCCGUGUGUAUUCAUUCACCAUAAGGUGAAACUGGCUGAAAAUCUGAGUGAUCUACUGUGUAAAGCCCAGAUUUUGGCCAACCGAAGUAUCUGCCUUAACUUGUCUCCCACCACCUUGCAUAAACACCAUGCAAAGUUGCACUGUGUUGCGCUGAUUUGCGGACUUCAUGGUGAAAAGCCAAUGUGUAGGAGGAUAUCUUCUGAGGUUGUUCAUCAGUAUAAAAAAACUGCCUACUCUUGCAGGCAUAGAACACCUCCCUUUAUUCCUGCCCCUGCCCUGUGUCAUAUCAUGACCCGUAUAUCUGUGUCAAUGCGCAUGGCUGCAACAUUUUCACAUGCUGGAUUUUUGUUUCCUGUGCAGGCAGGUACUUGUCCGGAUUACAGCCGGCAUGCUUCACUCCAUCACUGCGUUGCCAUGGUGUUGUUAAGCCGUUUGUUGCCAGGCAGUGAGCACCUGGCUCAUGAGCUCCUAUUGGGCCUUGUUUUCAAUGCAAAACUGAUUCCGUAAGUUCCACUCCCUCUUUCCACCUCUUCCCCAUCGCUCCCCUUGAGUAACCCUUCCAAAGAUGAGGAUGUGGAGAAACUGUUUUGGAAAAAAGAGAGAUUUACAGGAGAGCUUUAGUUUCAGUAACCUACUGGGGAUCCUGUUCUAGGUUUCCUUGCAGUGGGAGUUGAGGACAUAAAACGAGUCUUGCUGGAUGUUACUAAAAGUGUGUCUAGAUCAUAAGCAGAUGCUUAUGACAAGCAGGACACAACUAUCUUAUCAUUCUGUUCCUCUUUGAUCCCCAACAAUUGAUAUUCCGAGGCACACCGUCUCUGAUCCUGGAGAUAAUAGAUAGCCGUCAUGACUAAUACUUGUGCUGUCUACAUAGCUGAAUAAACAUUUUGAUGCAGCUCCAUGGCCCUGAAGGACAAAGGGUGACUUCUUGCUCUUCUCUGCACCAGCUGUGAAGUCUUUUAAAUCUCCAUGCCAUCUUUAUUGCUUUUCCACUUGUAACUUUUGCUGUGCAAAAAGUUGGAGGUUAUGUUUGUGCAAUUUUUAAAAAUUGACUUCUUCUAUGUUGAUGGUGAUAUAUCCUUAACGUAAACACUGCAAAGUGGGUUAAGCCAUGAGAGAUUUGCCGAGGCCUAAGAAGGUGACCUAGUCCACAAACGUGGCACUUUUCGGCACUGCACUGCACAAGAGUCAGUCUGAAAGCAGAAAAUGGGCGUUGGGAAUUGCCAUGCGUUCAGACCAUUUCCCUUGCAGUAUAUUCCUCAUCCCAAAAAUAAGUUAUUAAAUUUCACAACGUUGAGGCUGCUUAUAGUAAUGAGAAAAGGAACUGAAUGUUUGAAUCUCCUUGGUAACAUGGAUUCCCACGUAUAAAAACAAUUGGUGGCCUCUGCAUACAUUGACUCCAGCUCCCAUCAUCCCUGGCCAUCGGUUGGCUGUGGUUGCUGGGCGUCCAGCAAAAUCAAGGUGGGGAAGGGUGCUGUAAGCUAUGAUAAUGAGUGCUACACACUCAGAGGCCCUUUCUACAUCCAGGAAUCCCCUUUAUACCCCUUUCUGAGCUGCCCUAGCUAUUCCUGGAGGUGCAUUUAUUCUAGCAAUCUUAUCUCUGUUCUGUUCCAGUUAGGCACUUCAUAUAUACUUAUAAGCAGCACCUGCCACACUGUAGAAUAUAUUUCCUUAGGGCAGCGCCCUGGAGUCACGCUGCAUCUUUAUUUGUGAAAAUGUAGAUCAUAAGACUGUUGGGGAUUACUCUUGUGCUGUAGGAAAUAGAUAAGCAAAUAGCAAAUAUCAUUGCAUUAAUCAAGAAAGCAUUGGUAUUCAUCACCUGUCCCCCCCCCCUCUCUUUUGUACAGGGAAGGCAAAUCAGGGGGGCCAGAAGCUGCUGAUUUCUCAGACCUCCUGCACUUGAGCUCAAAGGCGAAGCCAGCACAGCCAGGCUCAGCAGCUGCUGUUCCUCCCCUCCCUAGUCGUGGUGCCUUACUGGAGGAAGCAUACCAACAUCUCCCACAGAUCCAGGCCUGCUACCUCUCUCACUCUGCUUACUUGGAGCCCGCCCUUGUUCAUUCCAGAGAUGUUUACCAAGGACAAACACACUUAAUCCAAUCCAUGAUUCUUCCUGAGGUCAAAGGGCCAAUCCUGCCUUCCGAUUGGCCGUUCCUUCCUCUCAUCAACCUCUAUAACAGUGUGACUGGUGCAGAAACCCGGUGGGCUGGGCUGAGUUCUCUCCCACUGGAUCUUGUGCGCACAGUGACUCAGAACCUGCAGUGGGUCCUCUUACUGGAGACUUGGAGAGCCAGGGUCCUUCAGGGCAUCUCGGCGGCAGCCAAACUUGCAAGGCUUAUGUGUGUCUUCCUCACGGGCAGCGACUUGUUCCUGGAAGGGCCUGUCCAUUGCUACACCGCUGCUCUACUCUCCCUCUACUGCCAGCCCAAAGUCCUGGAUUCCUUGAACUUGGAUGCUCCCCUCCCUGGCUUAGCUUCUUUCCAUGACCUCUACAUCAACCUUCUUGAACAGUUUGAAGGAGUCUCCUUUGGAGACCCACUCUUUGGCGUCUUCGUGCUUUUUCCUCUGCAGAGGCGGUUUAGUGUGCAGCUAAGGAUGGCUGUGUUUGGAGAGCAUGUGAGCACCUUGAGGGCGUUGGGAGUUCCACUCCAGCAGGUAGGUCUCCCCAAGAUAAGGCUGGUUUGUUUUGGGGUAGGGGUGGACUUUGGGGGGUGGGAAGCAAGCUCAAGAAAGCCCCGCUGGAUCAGACUGAAGGCCCAUUUAGUCCAGCAUCUUGUUCUUCCUGUGGCCAACAAGAUGUCUAUGAAAAUCCUACAAACAGCACAUGAGCAUAGCAGAACUCUCUACUUGUAAUCCCCAGCAAAGCUGUCUUGAGCAGUAGCCAUUGAUAGCCUUAACACUUUAUGAAUGUGUCUAACCCUCUUAUAAAUCCAUCCACGUUGGUGGUCUUCACUACAUCUUUGGGUUUAGCUAUGUGCUGCGUGAAUAAGUACUUCCUUUUGCCUGCCCUGAAUCUUCCAUGUCCCCGUAUUCUAGUACUAUGAGAGAGGGAAGGAAGGAAACGUAUAAGGAGGCAGAAGUAGCUGGCAGGAUUAGGGGGAGCAUAAUUCUGUUCCCCACUAAGGAUGGACUGAGCAGCCUAAUUCCCUCUCCACUUUUAGUUUUGCUGGAGCUCAGUCUGUCAGUUUGCAUUUCUUGGUGCAGAAAGUAUUGAUCUGAUGUGUAGAGAUUUUUCCUUUUCUAAUUAAUUCAAGAGGGUUCUGGAAACUUCUCUGUGUGAAAGAAACAAGCAGAAGGUUCAUGGUGUUUGGGUUAUUCCUUCAGAGAAGCUGAGUGCAGCUGGUUUAAACUGGUUCUGUUAUCUCUUCUGUCAAGGUCAUGCUGACUAUAAAAGUAAGGCCAGAAGGAGUCUGGGUUUCAAUUUCUCUUUCUACCUCUCUUCCUUCUGGUGUGGUGUUUUGUACAUAGUAUAAGUUAUUGUAAGUUUAAGUCUGCUGCAACUGGACUUCUUAUGGACAGUGCCAAUCCUGAAUGUAUGGGAUUUGUGACCAUUAUACUCAUUUGCCUUCAGCAGCAGUAACGCUCUGCUGGAUGAAAUUUUAAUUGCCUCUGGUCUAUUUUUUGGAAAUCCUGCAACAUGUUUAAGUUUUUACUCUCCUAACUAUAUGAUGGAAUCUGCUCUGGAUCAGUAUUGAGUAGAAUUACAUGACACAGUCAUAGGUCUGUUCCAUCCUAUCUUGUGUGCCUGAACAAAUGCAUGAAGAGUCUGCAGUUAAAUUUUACACACUCUUCAUGUACAAUUAUUAUUGUGUGUGUGUGUGUGUACAAUAAAUGUGUUUCGGUGUAUUUUUCUAUAAAAUAUACUUUUUUGAAAACAUAAAAUGCAUAUUUUUGAGUGGUGUUGCUUUCUUGGUUUUGUUGCAGUUUCCUGUGUCUCUGGAGCGAUACCUUUCCCCUGCUGAAGACAACCUGAACCUCCUCCGGCAGUACUUUCAGACCUUGGUCACAGGGACCUUGCGACAGAACUGGUGCCCUGUACUUUAUGUGGUUGCUGUGGCCCAUGUCAACAGCUUCAUUUUCUCACAGGAUAGCACCACACAGGUAUGCGAUCAUCUUUUGGCCCUGGUGCAUCCUGUUCUUCUACCAAGCUGGUUGUGUGAUGCACACAGUUCCUUCCUGUUAUGUUUUGAUGCUCUGUCUCAAUUGGUUGUGUGAAAAGCCCGUCAGCUUUUAGGAGGGAGGAUCUGGAUGAAUGUCUUGUCCUGGGCUGUCAGUGUGGACCUGGGAUUUUUAGAGAUAACAGAAAUAGCCUGUGGCAUUGUUGUUGGGUUGCCUUUUGAAGACAAUAUGGAAAUUUUCAUUUGUCCAGAGUGCUCCACUGCUGCCCUCCUGCUCGUAGGAGAAGCGUGUGAGCUGCUUCACACUUUGUUUUUGAGAAAUGCUUUAAUUCCCUGCUCAGGAGAUUGAAUCCUGCUGCCUUUGCUGCACAUUCCUGUUGGGAACAGGGCACCCAGCCAAUGCAGGAUUAAAUCCUCUCCUCCUGCCCACCCGCUGAUGUCAACAGUGAUGUCAGCUGAUGGGUGUGCAGUUGUAGUUUGGGGAAAAUGGUCUCCUGGAUCAAACUAGAACCUCUGGUGGUUCAAGGUUGGCCCACAUGCUAAGCCAUGCUUUGGCUUAGAGUGAAGUGUGAGCCAGACCACUGAAUCCUCACUAGGUCUAUCAGGCCACUUGUCAUGCAUGCCAGCAGAAAGCUGAUUUGCCAAGAAACUUAAUUCAGAAAGAGCAGCCCAAGAAACAAGAUGUAUCUGCAUGGGUUCUUCUGAGCACACUAAACUCUUGAAGAAAAGGUUGCUAUAUAGGAUAUAGAGAUUUUGGCUCUUGCAUGUUCAUUGUUGCCUGUGAUGGCCAACAAUUCCCUUGGGGGUUCUGAAGAGUUGGAUUCCUUUCUCUUAGAAAAGCAACUAUAAUAAGUUUAACUUUUAUUUUAUUGGUACUUUUAUCUCAGGAGGCUGAUGUGGCCCGAAAAAGCAUGCUCCAGAGGACUUGGCUCUUGGCUGAUGAGGUAGGCACCCUGCAGCUGGCUCUCAAAACCAGUCCUCGUAAUGCUACAAAAGAGUUUUGUGGCGUGAUGAAUUUUCACAGUGCUCCCAACGUCUCUAUGGGUUGUUUGGCUGAGACACAUUAGUUCAGCCCAUUGCCUCACUGCAAACAAUUGCUCUGGUUUCUCUACUGAGUCUUCUUGCGCAGCAGCACAAAGUACACAUCAUUUCCAUAGGAAUGGAGGGAUGUUGAUCAUGCAAACUGUUGAACACCCUUCUUACAAUCACAGUUUAGCAUAAAAAUGCCCAACUAAGAAGCAAGCCCCGAUUCUAUAUGGUAUGUGACAGAGCACAUUUUAUUGUGUGGCCAGUUGGGUAAUUUUCUGAAAGGCAGGCUGUUGGGUGAGGAAUAUUUCUGCACUGGAACAGUUAAAUGGAGGAAGUUCAAACCUAACCUCAGCCACCAAUUCACUAGAGACUUAGGCAAUCCGCUAAAUGUGAUUGGGAGAUUCAGCAAGCACUAUUGUAAGCUGAUAGCUAGGAAUCUUGUUUCCCCUUCAUAACAAGCAUUAAAACUUACAGCACAGUUCAAACAAUAACUCUGUUUGCAGCUGAGGUACCAGCAACCUAAUACUGACGCGCAGCGUAAAUUAAGAAUGCAGAGUUUUUAACUGAAAGAAUAAGAACUUUACUGAGUUAAAAUAAACUUCUUCAUAAACAACAUGGUUCAAAACAGUUUGACUGAGAUGACAUACUGACUCUGCUCACAACUGAGGCAGACUGACUCUGACUGAAAUCUUACAGAGAACACAGAGAGAAAAUGGCUGCUAAGUCACAUGUCAGAGUGACUCAACAGUUAGCAGUUAGGCCUGAAUAACUUGAGUAGGCCCAAAUGAUUGUGCAGUCCCAGCACUUCCCUGCCUGCUUUGCUGCUUCUGCUCUCAUGUGUCUUUGUCACAUGACAAAUACUGCAGGCGUUGUAGCAGUAUUAAGGUGCAAAUUUCCCCAGAACAGAUGUGCUAAUGGUAUGAACAUCAUGUGUUUGGGCUGCAGCGUCUGAGUGACUACUGCUUAGUUCCCUUGUGCUCCUUAUGCUUUCCCCAUAAGAAAAAAAGCAUAGCCUGGAAUGGCCCAUAUCUCCAGGGUUUGAGCCAUAUCGGGGAAACUGCUUUUCUUUCAUUCACCCUCUGCUUCCUCCUACACUCUUCAGGUACUCAAGCGACAUCUUCUCUACUAUAAAUUGCCAAAUAAAGAGAGCCAGGUGGGCUUUGACCUUUAUGAGCAGCUUCCCACCAUUCGUCUGAAAUACCUGAACACCGUGACUAAGAAGCAGCCCAAGGAGGAGCCAUUCACAUCAGAUUUGUAGAGAAGAACCUCAGCAGCUGACAGUGGGUGGGGUGGGGUGGCAGCAGUGCUAAGACUGGAGAGGAGGCCGGUCACCCUCCUGGUCUCUUGCCUUGCCUGAGGAGCACGACAGGAAGGGAUCUGCACUGUCGGCCUGGCUUGGCCUUGGCAUAGUUUCCGUGAAAGCGGCUUGACUCUUCAUGAUGGAAGAAAUUCGACAAGCAAGUGUUUCUGCCAAGAUGAAAGACAAAUGAUUUUAGGAAAAAAAUAAAAGGUGAUGCAAAUGUGAGAUGUCGGUAGGAUUAUUGGCAUCUCCUACUAGAAGACAGAAAGGCUUAAUUUGCUCGUAGCACGUGGUGAAAUGUACAGUGGUACCUCGGGUUACAUACGCUUCAGGUUACAGACUCCGCUAACCCAGAAAUAUUACCUCCGGUUAAGAACUUUGCUUCAGGAUGAGAACAGAAAUUGUGCGGUGGCGGCGCAGCAGCAGCGGGAGGCCCCAUUAGCUAAAGUGGUGCUUCAGGUUAAGAACAGUUUCAGGUUAAGAACGGACCUCCGGAACGAAUUAUGUUUGUAACCAGAGGUACUACUGUACCUGGAAUGUUAAGUCUUAUGGUUUGGCUGGAAGGCUGUAAUUCAGCACUGGAUUUAGGGUGGAGUGGGUGGUUCCUCCGCACAGGGCGCUGAGCCGAGGGGGUGCAAAAUCGAGAAGAUUCAUAAUUGAGAAGAUCCAUUUGGGGAUGCCAAAUUUUGGCCUCGUACAGGGCACUGAAAGAUUACCAAAGUAUGUCCCUUCUGCAAUGACUGGGGUAGAAAUAUCUGGGAAAAGUGGGAACUGAUUCACCAGAAUUGUUCAUGGGAUAGUGAUUUGAGCAAGCUGUUGAGUCCUGCAGCUGUUCUGCGCCUGACACCUCUCAGGAAACAACAUUAGACGUUUCCAUCUCUGUGCAAAGCCACCUGUUCCCUCCACCCCCAAUCUCUCCGCAUUAGCUGUUUUUCUCUCUCUUUGUUUUUCUAACCAUAUUAUAUUUAAUAAAGUUAUCUUUCGCAUAACAGGAUGUUUUGGCAGCUGCAACAACUCCCCAAAAGCAAAAGAAGAAGAAUGUGGUUGGUGGAACUUAGUAAAUCUGAAGGCAUGCUCUGGGAUGCCAUGUCAGGGAUCUGUAGGGGACACACUGGAGCAUGCAAACCCAAAGGGAGUCUGGGCUUGUUCCCAUCACAGCUAGUUUUCCAUGAUGUCCAAACUCAGCCACUGUUUGAGUGACAAGGCCAUCUAAUCACACUUCCUGUGAUUAGGAAGCGAUUACCAUUGCCCCCCCUUUUUUUUUGCCAGGGCAACCUAAAGCAACGUACAACAAUAAAUGAAUAACAUACAUUGAAACCCUCAUAAAACACAGAAAAAUCGUAAGACACAUUCUUAUUUUUAAAAGAUAGGAUUUAAAACCCCAUUCAUUAAAGGAGGCCAUAGAUAAUGAAUAGCCAAAUGUUGGGGGGGGGGGAGUUUUUGUCUGGCGCAUAGAUACGUAACAGUGAGACUCCCUAGGGAAAACACUGCAGUCCAAAACAUCUGAAGGCCACUGUGUUGGCUACCAGCUGCUACAAGUUUUCUUGCAAACUACAGUAGUGACAAGUCACAAAUGGGAGGCAGAGUACCAGAGCCUGCAGCAGCUCACAGGAGGAAGCAAGAUGAGAUUUUUGAGGGAUGCUUCCUCUCUGCAAGAUCCCUUGCCAUGUUGGAAAUGCAGUCCCUGCACCCCACAGAAGCUCAGCAUGGCCAAGAGCCACUAAACUGAUGUCUAGCUAUACAGGAUGAUGAGCAAGAUCCGAGCAGGACAGCUGUUUACUUUCUGAAUCUUGGUUUUGACAUGCCUCUCUCAGCUGCAAUUCAGUCCCUCAUAAAAUCAAUGCACAAUCAUUGAUUUCUCCCUUUCUCCUUUCCUGAGAGCUGUGAGCAACUUUACAGUUUGAAUUACCGAGAAAAAUAAGAACUAAGCUAAGAGCUAAUUGUUUUUCCUAAAUUUACCAAGCCUGUUUCCUGUUUUAUGCAAGCAAUAUUCUGGGAACUUCUGAAACUUAAAAAUGAAUACUAAUGUUUUGUGCGUUUGGGAAGAGUUUAGGUUAGAUAAAGAAGAAGCUAUGGCAAGGUUUGCAAAUAUGGAAUCUCCUAAUAAAUCUUAGUACCCUUAAUAAAUUACAGUUCCCCAGAUUCUUGGAGGGAAGCCAUGACUGCUUAAAAUGGUACGCUGCCACUUAAAAGUUAUGGUGCAGGUGUGACCAAAGGUAACCCAUCAUUGGCAGAAUGUUAUGGUGUGUUCUUUCUAUAAAUCACUAGAGGGUGCUGCUGAACAAAAUAUUAGUAAAAAUCCUGCUCUAAAUAUAGAAGAGGAGUUUCUGUUUUUGGAUAACCAAAUUAAAACUUGAAAAACCUAGUCAAAUCUUGCUUUGGUGGGUGUUCUGAGCAAUUGUUAGGAAUUCGCACAAUGGACAUUUUUAAAUCAAAUCGAUUUUUUUAAUUAAAAGAACAUGGUAAAAUGUGCCCACCAAUUACCGGUAAGUUAAUCUGUACAGGAGUGAAACAAAAUUAUCUGUCUGGUGCUUUUUAUUAGGUGUGAUACAGUGGAUAUUAGAUUAUAACUUCCCUCUUCUUUUCUGCUCAGGAUUUUGAAGUUAAGAAAAAUCCACAGUUGGUAAAAACCUGAAAUUCUAUUCUGCUUUAUAAGCAAACUUAGAAUAAUUAGCAUCAUAUUUGGGGUUGUAUAAUAGGUGAAGCAUCUUCACAGCAUGAUCCUACAUGUGUCUUUGCACAGAAAUAAGUCCCAUUGGAUUCAGUGGGCUUACUGCCAGGUCAGUAAGUACUGAUUACAACCUCAGUUGAUUGUCUCCUCUUUGAUGAGUUCUUGUUUGUGAUUACUGAAGAGUGGCAUUCCCCCUUUUUUUAAAAAAUGAUAUUUAUUGAGAAUUUAAAAUUACAG